AACGAUCGACGUCUUGGUUUCAGUCUCGGGGAUUAUGACUUGAACCAGAAUAUUUUAAUUUCUGAAAUUUAAGUUUUUCAUACGCGCACAUAUAUAUAGUAUAUAUAAAAAUACAUAUAUAUUUGGAAAAAGAUAUAAUUUACAUAGAGUUUUUGUAUAAUUUUCUUUAUAACUGAGGUGAAAAAGAGAGUUUAUUUCAAACGGAAAAAAUAUAUAUAAUUUAAACGCGAUACAAAUCACAUUAUAACGCCGCAAAGGAUAACGAAACGCCUAUAGGAAACGAUAAAUCUGUGUUUGAAGUGAAAAAUUGAUAAAUAUAUAAAGAUAAAUCAGUCAAUACAUACAUAUUAAGCAACUAUAGAAAAAAAUUGCCUACGUGAAACUCGAAUAGUGUUUAAAAUCGGAUAGAUACACAUAAGUGGUAUAUUGUUGGACUGCAUCGCACCGCAUCCAACUGAAUCCAGUCUAUUAUCUAUCCAAUAGCUGAGUAGCUAAGCAUCCAGUGAGUUACAUACAUCGAUAGUUGCACACAAUCACUCAAUACCUUCAGUUAUCAUUUUAAAUGCGAUAUAGUGUUAUAUAACGAAAAUGCAACGAGAAAAUUCGAAUCCUUAUCAACAGCAGCAACAACAGCUGCAAUCGCAAUCGCAGUCGCAAACGCAGUCUCGUCAGGAAAUGCAGCAAACCUCGAGCCAGCAACAAUACUCGAGCAUGCAUCAACAGCAAAGGACUAGCCGCACCGAGCAGCGCACCGAGCAACGCACCGUCCAGAGUCAGCAAAUCACUCAACAAAGAGUGCAACAUAUUGGCGCAGGCGGUGCCUACACUCCGCCAUCCUUGACGCACGUCUAUAGUCAAGGCGAUAUUUCACCACCGAUAUUUGAGCAAAUUUUCAAGAAUGCCCGUUUCGCACAGGGUGGUAAUGCCCUCUUCGAGGGUAAACUACGUGCCAAUCCAAAGCCAUUCGUUUCUUGGACCCGAAAAGGCGCACCACUUCUCGAGUCACAAAAGUUUCGUAUGAGCUAUAACGAGGCCACCGGUGAAGUAUCACUGAUGAUUAACCAAAUCGGCCCAGGCGAUGAAGGCGAAUAUACGUGUACGGCGCGUAAUCAAUAUGGCGAAGCUAUAUGCAGUGUUUACAUCCAGCCUGAAGGCGCGCCAAUGCCAGUACUGCAACCCGUUCAAAAGUUCGAUAAAUCAUUGUACACCAAUGGUUACUCGUACACAUCCAUCGAAGAAGAGUUCCGCGUCGAUACAUUUGAGUAUCGUUUGCUACGGGAAGUGCAAUAUCGUGAGGCUAUUACGCGUCGUUCAGCUUAUGAACAGGACCAAUAUUUAUCGCAAGAAUUGGAUCGUUCCAUGGGUCCAGCCCAUGCGCCACAAAUUUCUCAAAAACCGCGCAACUCGAAGCUUGUUGAAGGUUCUGAUGCCGUUUUUAGCGCUAAGGUUGGCUCUAAUCCUAAGCCACGCCUUACUUGGUUCCAUAAUGGUCAGCGCCUAGUACCAUCGCAGAAAUACGAGACUUCAUAUUCCAGUGGUAUAGCUACGAUGCGCGUCAAGAACGCCAGCCAUCAAGAUGCGGGCCACUACACGCUACUCGCAGAAAACACUCAGGGUUGUGUAGUCUCCUCAGCCGUUUUGGCAGUUGAACCAGCUGCAGAAACAACACACGAGCCGAAACCAGUCGAUGUUACGGCUGAGCAGUUGGAAGCUGGCAAAGCUUUGCCACCAACUUUCGUCAAGGGUUAUGCCGAUCGUGAAGUCACUGAGGGUCGCAUGACUCGCUUCGAUUGCCGCGUCACUGGCAAUCCUUAUCCUGAAGUUGUUUGGUUGAUCAAUGGACGUCCAGUUAAAGAUGAUGUAGCACACAAGAUUCUUGUCAACGAAUCGGGUGGUCACUCGCUGAUGAUCACGAACGUUAGUCGCCUAGAUAGUGGCGCAGUACAGUGUUUGGCACGUAACAAGGCUGGUGAGGUAGCCAUCGAGGCGCAACUGAAUGUGCUGGAAAAAGAACAGAUUGUCGCACCACAAUUUGUUCAAAGAUUCAGCACAAUGACCGUACGUGAAGGCGAACCUAUUACCAUGAGCGCUAAUGCCAUCGGUACUCCUGUGCCACGUAUAACAUGGCAAAAGGACGGUGUGCAGAUUUCAUCUACUUCUGAACGCUUUAUCGGUGUGGAUGGUGGCGCUACUUGUUUGGAAAUUCCACGCGUCACGGCCACCGACGCCGGCUGGUAUCAAUGCACAGCACAAAACAUUGCUGGCUCGACUGCGAAUCGUGCAAGACUCUAUGUAGAAGUUCCCAGGGAACAACCAUCGCAUGAACAAAGACGUCUCAAUUUACCGCGGCCAACGAAAAUCAUCGAACCAGAGCCCAUUCCUGGUCCAGAAAUAAUUUAUUUACGCCAUGUAGAACGCGCAAAGCCACACUUGCGCCCUGGUGAGGAAGACCGUGUCUACCCACCACCGCAAUUCAUCAUACCACUGCAGAAUGUGCAGCAAGUCGAAGGUAACAAAGUGCAUAUGGAGGCACGCAUCGAACCAGUUGGUGAUCCAACUAUGGUCGUGGAAUGGUUCCUAAAUGGGCAACCAAUGGCAGCAAGCUCACGCGCUACCUCUGUAUUUAAGUUCGGUUUCAUAGCGCUCGAUCUUUUGAGCAUUAUGACACACGACUCCGGUGAAUACAUGUGCCGCGUCAGUAAUGCAGCUGGUGUUGCUGAAUCUCGCGCCAUUCUCUCUGUCAUCCAACGUCCCUCAAUCGAACAAAGCUCCCAGAAUCCAAAUAGCUUACAAUAUAUUAACCAAUUGGAAGAUUAUUCACGCUAUCAACGACAAGAGAGCUCUGAGGAGCUAAUGAAUCAGUCACCAGUUUUUAUUCGCCCACUAAGGGAUUUGGGCGAAUUCGAGGAGGGCAAGAACGUGCACUUUGAAGCUCAAGUUACCCCGGUUAACGAUCCCACCAUGCGUGUUGAAUGGUACAAAGAUGGUCGCCCGAUUACUGCUAGCUCGCGAAUCACCGCAAUCUUCAACUUCGGCUACGUCUCCCUGAACAUCUUGCACCUACGGGCUGAAGAUGCUGGUUCGUAUACAGUACGUGCAGUAAAUCGUGUGGGUGAAGCCACCAGUACCUCAAACAUACGAGUGAACAUACGUUCUGAGGUUACCGCGGACUUGGGUAUACCCGAACAACAACGUUAUAUUGAGAAAGUUGAAGAGUUAGAAGACUACAGGAAGUCCCAACAACGCCGUCAUGUGCAGGAGGUGCCUGAGCCAAUCGCACCACCAAAAUUCAAAACUCCAAUUCAAAAUCAGUUGGAUAUACGUGAGGGCGCGCAUGCUCAUUUUGAAGCACGUCUUGAACCUAUCGGCGAUGCUACCAUGCGCGUAGAAUGGCUCAAGGAUGGCCAACCACUAGAAGCUAGCUCACGUAGCACAACCUACUUCAAUUUCGGCUAUGUUGCAUUGACUAUUAAGCAACUGACAAUUUACGAUGCUGGCACUUACACUUGCCACGCUUACAAUGCCAUCGGACAAGAUACAACCACGGCACAAUUGACUGUGCUUUCAAAGAAGGAUAUUGUAUCUGAUUCCCAGCACCCAGGUGGCUUAGAAAAGAUACAGCACUUGGAGGAUACUUCGCGUUAUGGACGCACUGAAGAGGAGGAGACCAGAGUUACGCAAAUUCCACGUUUCCUCGGUCCAAUGAAGGGAACCAACAAGAUUUUGGAGGGCCAACGAGCUCAUUUUGAGGCACGCGUAGAGCCGCAAAGCGACCUCAGUUUACAGAUUGAAUGGUAUCAUAAUGGGCGUGCCAUUAGUGCGGCCACACGUAUACAAACUUACCAUGACUUUGGUUACGUCGCUUUAGAUAUUUCGCAAGUUCGUGCCGAAGAUGCGGGUGUGUACACGGUUGUAGCGAGAAAUAAGUUAGGUGAAGCACAGUUGCAAGGAACAAUGGUAGUAGAGACUCGUUCCAGCAUUGAUACAUCUAGCAUGCACCGCGGUCUUUACGAGAAGACUCAAAACUUAGAGAACAGGCCAUUCGUUGAGCCCCAAUACGACAUUGAAGAGAUCUCCAAGUCGAAGCCAAUUUUCGUGCAGCCACUUUCCGAUCAUAAACCAAUUCAUGAGGGCAAAAAUAUUCAUUUGGAAUGCCGUUUGGAGCCGAUGGGCGAUCCUACCAUGCGCGUUGAAUGGUUCCAUAAUGGCCGCCCCAUAACUGUUGGAUCACGCUUCCGUACUUACUACGACUUCGGCUUCGUCGCACUUGAUAUUGUGCAAGCGACCGCUGCAGACUCUGGCGAAUACACUUGCCGCGCUACAAACCAUUUGGGCUCAGCACAUACCUCUUCGUGUGUACGUGUUAUUGAUCGCUCAGAUAUUGUUACCGAAACUCAAAACGAAAUGUCGCUAGAACAAAUUCAGCAACUAGAGGACGCAACACGCCGUCGCCACCAUGUUGAAGAAGACAUUACUGUAAUGCAGGCACCGCAAUUCACACGCCCGCUACAUAACAUCGAAACAAUUGAGGGCACUAAUGUUCAUUUGGAGUGCCGUUUGCAGCCAGUGGGCGAUCCAAGCAUGCGUGUGGAAUGGUUUGUCAAUGGCAAACCUGUUAAAACUGGCCACAGAUUCCGCCCAGCAUAUGAGUUCGACUAUGUCGCUCUCGAUCUGCUCGGCUGUUAUGCCGUUGACUCUGGUGUAUAUAGCUGUCAAGCUCGUAAUCAACUUGGCGAAGCCGUCACUUCAUGCUCGGUACGCAUUAUCGCUAAGAGCGAUCUGAUUUUGGAGACUCAAAAUGAGUCUGGUCUUCAAAAGAUUGCUUACUUGGAGGAUUCGUCUCGCUAUCGCCGAAGCGAAUAUGUUGAUGAGGUUGUAAAUGUACGCCCUCGUUUCCUUACCCAUCCAAAGAGCCUCACAAAUAUGCGCGAGGGUAGUCACGCUCAUUUUGAAUGCAAAAUUGAGCCUGUCACAGACUCAAACUUAAAAGUUGAAUGGUUUAAAAAUGGUCGCCCCAUCACAGUCGGCCAUCGCUUCCGACCAAUUCAUGAUUUUGGAUACGUAGCUUUAGAUAUUGUCGAUCUAAUUGCCGAAGACUCUGGCGUUUACACUUGUCGCGCAGUCAACUUGAUUGGUUCGGACGAGACACGCGUAGAAUUGCAAUGUCGCAGUAGCGAACAAAUUGUUACCAUUACUCAAAACGAAGCCGGUCUGGAACAAAUCCAUUAUUUGGAGGACCGCUCGCGCUAUACACGACGUGAAGAAAUCGACGAAACUACCAAGCAAGCACCAGUGUUUACAACAUCUUUAAAGAAUGUCGAGAUAAAAGAAAACCAACGCGCACAUUUCGAAUGUCGCUUGAUUCCGGUCUCAGAUCCCUCUAUGCGUGUUGAAUGGUACCAUAACAAUAUGCCACUUAAAUCGGGCUCUCGCUUCACUGAAACCAACAAUUUCGGUUUUGUAGCCCUGGAUAUUAUGUCCUGCUUGCCUGAGGAUGCUGGAACAUAUACAUGCCGUGCCUUCAAUGCUGUCGGUGAGGCUAUUACUUCAGCUGUUGCUAUUGUACACACGAAGAAGUCAAUUUAUUUGGAAUCACAGCACGAGAGCGCUUUGCCCCAUCUACAACAUUUAGAAGAUGGCGCCAAACGUCAACGUAUGAGCGCUCAAGAGGAGGUGGUUAGUCAAGCGCCAGUCUUCACCUUGCCUGUGCGCGAUGUACGUGUCGCCGAAGGUCAGGCCGUACACUUUGAAGCUCGUUUAAUACCAGUUGGUGAUCCCCACUUAAAGGUGGAAUGGUUGCGCAAUGGACAACCGAUUGAAGCUUCAAAUCGCACCACCACUAUGCAUGACUUUGGAUAUGUUGCAUUGAACAUGAAGUAUGUGAAUCCAGAAGACUCUGGCACUUACACUUGUCGUGCCGUUAACGAACUCGGUCAAGCAGUUACCUCAGCCUCACUCAUUGUUCAAUCCAAAACUUCCAUUCAAAUGGAAACCCAACAUGAGGCCGCUAUGCAUAAGAUUCACCAACUAGAAGACCAUACCAAAUAUCAACGUCGCGAGGAGGAGGAGUACGUAGUUAGCCAACCACCACGUUUCGUCACAAAAUUGAUAGGCCCCACCAACCUGGUUGAAGGUCAAAGCGCACACUAUGAAUGUCGCAUUGAACCAUAUCCCGAUCCGAACCUCAAGGUUGAAUGGUUACACAAUGGCAAAGCGUUGAGCACGGGCCAUCGUUUCCGUAACACAUAUGACUUUGGUUUCGCCGCACUGGAUAUACUUACCGUUUAUGCUGAAGACAGUGGCGAAUAUACAUGCCGUGUUACCAACAAAUUGGGCGAAGCGGUUAACUCCAUUCGUCUUAAUGUGCAAUCCCGUUCAGCGAUCAUUCGGGAAACACAACACGAAGAAGCAUUGCAGAAAAUCCAACACUUGGAAGAUGAAUCACGCUACCAGCGUAAGGUCGAAGAAGAACAAUUCCUCGCAGAGCGCCCACAGUUUGGACGUCCAUUGCGCAACGCAAAUGUGAACGAAGGUACACCCGUACAUUUGGAGGCCACCCUGACGCCAGUUAAUGAUCCAACCAUGAAGGUAGAAUGGUACUGUAAUGGCAUGCCGAUUCAAACCGGUCACCGCUUCAAGACCACAUACGACUUUGGGUUCGUCGCCUUAGAUAUAUUGUAUACGCAUGCUGAAGAUACAGGCACUUAUAUGUGCAAGGCUAAGAAUGCCGUAGGGGAAGCUGUCACGACUUGUGCUGUAAACGUAACAGCAAAUAAGACAUUGGACCUCGACACCAUGGAUGCCCAACGCUUGGAGAAGAUUCGCCAGCUUGAAAACUAUGCACCUCCUUCUAAACCUGUUGUGGAAGAAAAGGGCCAGAAACCCAUAUUCCUGACACCGCUCAGUAAUUUGGAGCACCUUAAGGAAGGUGAUCAUGCCCAUUUGGAGUGUCGUGUCGAACCAAUUAACGACCCUAAAUUGAAGAUAGAGUGGUUCUGCAAUGGCAAGCAGCUACCAACAGGUCACCGCUUUAGAACCACACACGAUUUUGGUUACGUCGCCUUGGACAUCUUGCAUGUCUAUGGUGAGGACUCAGGCACAUACAUGUGCAAAGCUACUAACUUGCUUGGUGAAGCUGUCAACACCUGUAAUGUUCGUAUAUUGAACCGUCGCAGCAUGAUACUGGAUACUCAGCAUCCAGAUGCAUUGGAGAAAAUACAGAAAUUGGAAGCCAAGGCCGCUCCAGCGCGUACCGAGCCUGGUGAUUUACCCAUUGGUCCACCACACUUCACUGCCGAACUGCGUGGUACUACUGAAAUCUUUGAAGGUCAAACAGCUCACUUUGAGGCUCAGGUAGCCCCAGUUCAUGACCCCAACUUGCGCAUUGAGUUCUAUCACAAUGGAAAACCAUUGCCCUCGGCUUCACGUUUCCAUAUUACUUUCGAUUUUGGAUAUGUUUCAUUGGACAUCACACAUGCUGUGCCAGAGGAUGCUGGUGAAUACUCUGUUCGUGCUGUCAAUGCAAUGGGCCAGUGUGUUUCUUCAACAAGUUUGAAGGUUAAUGCACGUGGUACUAUCAUUUCGGAAAGCCAACACCCUGAAGGUUUAGAGAAGAUUCGCAAACUCGAAUCGAAUGCUCCCUUCCAACGCCCAGAAAUUGAAUCACCAGGUACCAGACAGCGACCAGUAUUCACACAGCCAUUGCAGAAUAUCGAUCGCAUUAAUGAACAUCAAACUGCGCACUUUGAGUGCCGCCUUAUUCCGGUUGGUGAUCCCAAUCUGAAGGUAGAAUGGUACCGCAACGAGAAACUCAUCGAGGAUAGCUCCCGUAUUACCAAACAACACGACUUCGGAUUUGUCUCCUUGGACAUUUCACAUAUCCGUAAAGAGGAUGAAGGUGUGUAUAUGUGUCGCGCGGUCAACCCACUUGGUGAAGCCGUCACUACUGCUUCUAUGCGCGUGGUUACUGAAGCAUCUAUUCAAAUGGAUACUCAGCAUCCAGAUAGUAUAAGCCGCAUCCACCAAUUGGAACGCCCAGCUGCACCACGCGCCGAAGAACCAGAGCGAGCAUUCGAGAAACCAAUAUUCACGCAGCUACUCACAGGCCCAUCUGAGCUAUGGGAGGGCCAACACGCUCACUUUGAGGCCCGUGUGGUACCAGUUGGCGAUCCAUCACUGAAGUUUGAAUGGUAUAUCAAUGGUGUAGAAUUGAAGAUGGGUUCACGGCUGCGCACCACGCAUGAUUUCGGUUUCGUUACACUCGACAUCAAUGCAGUUGUGCCUGAGGAUGCUGGUGUGUACAUGUGCCGCGCUUAUAAUGCAGCUGGCGAAGCUGUCUCCUCUACCGCCAUGAAAGUGAAAACUAAAUCCAACAUCGCUGGCGAACCACUGAUACCUGAAUCUUGGGAAGCUAUUCGCCAGAAAGAGGCUGCCAUGAACCGUGUGCCAGAAAUGUUUGUUGAUACUACACCACAACAAGCUCCAGUCUUCACUACGCAUUUACAGAGCUUCGACAAGCUCUCCGAAGGACAACACGUGUUGCUUGAAGCUCAAGUUGAGCCACGAGCUGACCCUAACUUACGCAUUGAGUGGUUCAAGAAUGGUAUCUCACUCACUACUGGCUCACGCAUACGCAGCACCUUCGACUUCGGAUUGGUUACGCUUUCCGUUAACGGAUUGCGCGCCGAUGAUUCUGCUAUUUACACUUGCAAGGCCACAAACCAAAUCGGUGAAGCUGUAUCGACAUGCAGUCUCAAGAUUGAAGAUCGUCAUUGGUUCCAAGGUGAGUCACUACAUCCAGACUCGUUGCCGCGAAUUGGUGAACUGGAAGCACCCAAACCUGGACGCCCAGAGGCACCCGAGCCAGUCUAUGAAGUCCCUGUUUUCACUACUCAUUUGAACAAUAUCGAGUGUAAAGAAGGCGAUAACGUACGUUUCGAAUCGAUGGUUGAACCAUCACGUGACCCAACAAUGCAAAUCGAAUGGUCCUACAAUGGGCAACCACUACAAGCUGCCGCCAAAUUUAAGUCUAUUUACGAUUUUGGUUACUGUGCGCUGGAUUUGACUAAUACCUACCCAGAGAAUAGCGGUGUAUACACACUGAAAGCAACCAACAGUAAAGGAUCAGCCACAACCUCUGGAACACUCAAGUGUACUGGUGGUAAGACUUUCAUUUUAGAUACUCAACAUCCACAAGGCGAAGCUGGUUUGGAGGCUGUUAGGGAAACCGAGGAGGAAUUGGCAAAUCGCUACUCACGCCAAGUUUCGAAGCCCGAAACCCAAUACCCAGCGCCAGUUUGGACAAAACCAUUGCAAGCUGAAUUCCAUCUCUCCGAAGCACAAUCGCUCCACUUAGAAGGCAACGUUGAACCCAAGGAAGAUCCUAACCUAUUUAUUGAGUGGUACUUCAAUGGCAAGAUUCUUCAGCAUGGCUCACGCUUUAAGAUGACUAGUGAGUUUGGUUUCGUCACUAUGGACGUGAUUGAAAUCUAUGAGCGCGAUCAAGGUAUUUACACUUGCAAAGCGUACAAUAAGGCCGGUGAAGCAUUUACCACCACAACCAUCUUCUGCACUGGCAAAGAAAGCAUUAUCGAAAAGACACAACAUCCAAAAGGUGCAGAAGGUUUGGAACAAAUCCAAGAUUUGGAGGAAUCACUACGCAAGGACGGAAAGAAACCAGAACAGCCAGAAGAAGGUAUGGCUCCUCGCUUCACCACUGAAUUCAUUGACAUCAAGGAUGUUGGUGAGGGUGAGAUUGCCCAUUACGAAGCUAAUCUCAUACCAACUGGGGACCAAAGUAUGGUCAUUGAAUGGUUCUACAAUGGUAAGGUUCUGGAAGCUAGUCAUCGUGUGCGUACCAUUUAUGCUUUCGGUAUGGUUGCAUUGGAAAUUCUGGGCACCAAGAUCGAAGACACUGGAACCUACACAUGUCGUGCCACCAACAAAUAUGGCAGCGCUGAAAUUAGCUGUGUACUAGAAUGCGUUGAAAAGCCACGUGGCCAAAAACCACGCUUCACUUCCCACAUUCAAUCAUUGGAAGGACUUAAGGAUGGCCAGUCAGCUCACUUCGAAUGCACACUCAUACCAGUCAAUGAUCCUGAUCUUAAGGUCGAGUGGUACCACAACGGAAAACUGUUGCGCCAUUCAAAUCGCGUCAAGACUGUGUCCGACUUCGGUUAUGUUGUAUUGGAUAUUGCCUAUCUACAAGACCACGACAGUGGUGAAUACAUGUGCCGCGCCUACAACAAGUACGGUGAAGAUUUCACUCGCGCAACACUCAAUUGCCGCGGCCGUGGUGGCGUCUUCUACGACACCUUGCAGCCUGACUCAUUGCCAAGAAUUCGUGAGCUGGAAUGCCCUCAAGGGCAACAGGGCGAUACCAGUGCCCCCGUGGUGGCCGAACCACCCAAAUUUAUUACUCAAAUCACGGACAUUACAAAAUUGGUGGAGGGACAGAGUGCGCAUUUCGAAGCACGUCUCACGCCUGUUACCGAUCCAGAUCUUAAGGUUGAAUGGUAUUUCAAUGGCAAGAAACUGCCACAUGGACACCGUUUCCGUACCUUCCACGAUUUUGGCAUAGUCAUUUUGGAUAUAUUGUAUUGCUACGAGGAGAAUUCAGGUGUAUAUGAGUGCCGUGCAGUGAACAAAUAUGGCGAAGACGUAACACGUGCCACCCUGAAGUGCACUUCUAAGGCGAACUUAAUUCUGGACUCACAACUGCCACGCGGCAUGGAAGGUGGUUUGGAAAAGAUUGCUAAUCUUGAAUACAGCAUGAUUCGUACCCGCGACGAAACUGUUGAAGAAAGCAAGGGCAAGGCACCAGUGUUCACUGUGCCUCUUGAGAACAUCGACAACCUACGUGAAGGUGAAAAUGCACACUUUGAAGCGCGCGUCACGCCAACUGACGACCCACGCCUCCGUGUCGAAUGGUUCUGGAAUGGACGCCCACUCAAAGCAGGCUCUCGCUUCCGCACAUUCUGCGACUUUGGUUUUGCCAUCUUGGAAAUCUCUCCAGUCUAUCCUGAAGACUCGGGAGAAUAUUCUUGCCGUGCAAUCAAUGAAUACGGCGAAGCUGUGACCACUGCCACUAUGAAGAUUCAAGGCAAACGCAGCAUUAUCAUGGAGUCUCAACUGCCAAAGGGCAUGGAAGGCACCAUUGAUCGCAUUGCAGAACUUGAGGGUCUGGGUGUGCGCAGUACGGAAUUCGCACCGGAAGAUGAGAGUGGUAAACCACCAGAGUUUAUAACAACACCAUUCGAUAUGGUUAUCACCGAAAAUUCACUUGCACACUUCGAAUGUCGCUUGCAACCCGUCAAUGAUCCAAGUAUGCGUGUCGAUUGGUUCCACAAUGGCAAAGCCCUAUGGGCUGGUUCCCGCAUCAAGACAAUCAACGAUUUUGGCUUUGUAAUUUUGGAAAUUGCCGGUUGUUAUCAACGCGAUUCGGGCUUGUACACUUGCAAGGCUACAAACAAACAUGGAGAGGCCACAGUCUCGUGCAAGCUGCAGGUGAAAGGACGCCAGGGCAUCAUUGUUGAGCCACAAUUGCCCUCGAACUUCCGCACAGGUACAGAGAGUUUGCAGAAACUGGAAGAAAGUAUGCACAAACGUGAAGAAAUAGUGAUCGACGAGGAACAACCAAAUCCACCUAAAUUCAUUGAGGAAAUUAAAGACAACCUCGAUGUACCCGAAAGUGGACCAAUUCACUUCGAUUGCCGUGUCGAACCAGUUGGUGAUCCAACAAUGCGUAUUGAUUGGUUCUACAAUGGACGCCCCAUGCCAACCGGUUCUCGUGUACAUCAGCUCAACGAUUUCGGCUUCAUUGCCAUGGAUAUUGAUUACAUCUACGCACGUGAUGCUGGCGAGUACACUUGCCGUGCAACCAAUAAAUGGGGCACUGCCACAACCACUGCCAAGGUGACUUGCAAGAGCAAACAUAAUAUCAUAUACGAUACACAAUUGCCCGACGGCAUGACGACUGAAAAAUUGAAGGAACUUGAACGUGGUCGCAUACCCGAUGUGCCAAAGAUAGAGGAACCCGACUUCGGACCACCAGAGUUUGUUACGGAAAUCCAAAAUGUCACAGUGGAAGAAGCCGAAGCAAUGCGUUUCGAGUGUCAAGUGGAGCCAAAGACCGAUCCCAACUUACGGGUGGAAUGGUAUCGCAAUGGCAAGUUACUGCCAAGCGGGCAUCGUUACAAAACCAUUUUCGAUAUGGGUUAUGCAUCGCUCGAUAUUUUGUAUGUGUAUGCUGAAGACUCGGGCGAAUAUGUGUGCCGUGCGGUGAACAAAUAUGGCGAGGCGCGUACUAGGGCAACAAUUUCCUGCAAAAAGUUGCCAACGAUUUUGCUACAAAAUCAAGUGCCACGGGGCAUGAAACGUACAGAAACCCUCACUCAAAUGGAGGCCACAAUAAAGAAAUAUACCUCAGAAGUGCAUUUGACUGAGGAUGACCUCUACGAUCCAGAUCGUAAGCAACCACCACGUUUUGUUACCCAAAUCAAGGAUCAAACCACACUCACAGAAAUGGCAACUAGCAAAUUCGAAUGCCAAUUGGCGCCAGUUGGAGAUCCGAACAUGAAGGUUGAAUGGUUCUUCAAUGGCAAACCGCUGUUAUACAAGAAUCGCUUCCAGCCCAUCUACGAUUUCGGUUAUGUGGCCAUGAACUUUGGUUGGGUAUAUCCAGAGGACAGCGGUGAAUAUGUAUGCCGUGCCACUAAUCUCUAUGGCAAAGAUGAGACUCGUGCAUUCAUUAAAGUCUCCGGCAAGCCUGGCAUUGUAUACGAUUCACAAUUACCCGCGCAUAUGCAGGAAGCAUCUAUUCAACGCAUACGAGAAAUGGAGGCCUCAUGGCAAGUUGUGCCAGACGAGGUGGAUCCGGAUGCGAAACCUAGAGCUAAACCAACUUUCGUCAGCAAAUUGGAGCCGCAAACAGUUGAGGAAGGCGAACCGGCACGCUUCUGUGUACGCGUAACCGGUCAUCCACGACCGAGAGUUAUGUGGCUCAUCAAUGGUCACACCGUUGUACAUGGCUCACGUUAUAAACUAACGAACGAUGGAAUGUUCCAUUUGGAUAUUCCAAAAACACGACAAUACGAUACAGGCAAAGUCGAAGUAAUCGCACGCAAUUCGGUCGGUGAAGCGAUUGCGACCACCGCACUGAACGUGGUAGAGCGUUCAGAUGAUUAUCGCGGCGUAUUGAAGAAUUCACCACGUCCUUGGUAUGAUUAUGAACUAACUGCUUACCAAAAAGAACGCCAAGAAACCGAAUUGGAGAAAAUAUUCGAUGAACGCAAGCAGUAUUUGGCUGAACAGGGUAAGCCAUUGAAGGGCGUCGAACACUUGAAACCGAAGCAAAUCAAACCCGAGGCUCCCGAAUGGCAACAAACGGUUAAUGCCAAAAAGAGUGAGGAUUACUACAGCAAACUUCAAGAACUAGAAACAGAGCAAUUGCUGAAGGAGACCAAUUUGCGCCAAGAAUCACAUCAAUAUGCGAUACCCGGCGAAAAGAUUGUGCAAAGCUCUGCUGCCAAGGGCAUGGCCAAAUCAUAUGAGGAAAAUUUGGAAGAGCAGUCGUCCGCAACCACUGUCGGUAAGAAGGUUGUAAAGAGACCACCAGUUGAACCCGCUGAAUCGUCCGUGCAUGGCCGCGAAGUGAUAAUGAACAAACAACAGCAAACUCAAAAGGAAGUAGUGGGUGAUUUGGAGAUUACACGUAAAAUUACUGCUACCGAAACUACUGAAAUGGAACAUAAAGGCACCGUGCAGGAGCGCGUUGUCAAGGGUCCAGUACAACCCUCAAAAGCACCUGUGUUCACGAAGAAAAUCCAGCCAUGUCGCGUGUUCGAAAACGAACAAGCCAAAUUUGAAGUGGAAUUCGAUGGCGAACCAAUGCCAACUGUAAAAUGGUACCGUGAAAACUUCCCCAUCAAGAGUUCACCAGAUUUGCAAAUCCACACCUUUAGCGGCAAGUCCAUACUAAUCAUACGCCAGGUUUUCGUCGAGGAUUCGGCUGUAUUCUCAUGUAUUGCUGAGAAUCGUGGAGGUACUGCGAAAUGCAGCGCUAAUUUGGUGGUUGAGGAACGUCGACGUGCCGGCAAGGGUGGUCUUACGCCGCCCAGCUUUGUCAAUGUUAUUCAAAGCACAACAGUAUCCACUGGUCAAUUGGCACGUUUCGACGCCAAGGUAACCGGUUCACGUCCAAUGGAUGUUUAUUGGCUGAAGAAUGGCCAGAAGAUACAGCCAAGCAUCAAAUUCAAAAUGCUUGAAGAGGACAAUCUUUACACGCUUCUCAUUAUCGAACCAUUUGCCGAAGAUUCGGGCCGUUAUGAGUGUGUAGCCGUUAAUGUAGCCGGUGAAGCACGUUGUGAUGCCGAUUGCGUCGUACAAACACCCACCAAACCCGAGAAACCCACCACACCUGGCAGCGAAAAGCCGCCACAUAUUGUAGAGAAACUAAAGAGCCAAUCCGUGGAAGAAGGUAGCAAAGUGAUCUUCCGUUGCCGCAUUGAAGGCAAACCCACACCAACGGCACGCUGGCUACGCGGUGAAAACAUUGUGAAACCAUCGCGUUACUUCCAAAUGACACGUCAAGGUGAAUACUAUCAACUGGUGAUUUCUGAAGCCUUCCCCGAAGACGAGGGCACAUACAAGUGCGUCGCUGAGAAUAAGCUGGGUAGCAUUCAGACCAGCGCUCAAUUGAAGGUGCGUCCAAUUGAGAAUCUCGAUGCGCCACCAACCAUCACUGCACUGAAGGAUGUCUCCGUGACGGAGGGUAUGCCAGCUCAAUUCAAAACCACCGUUACCGGCAAAGUGAAAGCCACCAGUGUACAAUGGUUCCGUGAGGGUACUCUUAUACCGGAAACCCCUGAUUUCCAAAUGAUCUUUGAUGGGAAUAGUGCCGUACUACUUAUUGGAACAACUUAUGAGGAGGAUUCGGGCAUUUUCACCGUUCGUGUUACCUCAUCAACUGGACAGGUCGAGUCGUCAGCUAAGUUGACUGUUAAAAAGCGACGCAUUUCGGCCUAUCAAUUACGUCCCAUCGAUUCCGGUGACGAUGAAACCUCAUCGUCAGGGAAAGAAGACAGCUCGCCAGAGUCCCCUCAUCCACAACAACAGCCCGGCGCACCGCAGUAUGGUCAAUAUUUGGCCAUCAAUGGGCAAACACCUCAUCAGGGACGUGCACGCACCAAGAAGCCUCGCAGUAAAUCAUUACAACCGCAAUCAAAUAUUGUACCCUGGCGCAAAUCAUCUCGACCUAGACGUGGUCGUUCUUUAGAUAAACAACCCUUCUUCCCCGGUUACAAACCGGAACCAAUUAAGUCAUGGACUGAGGAAACUAUAAGUCUGAAACCAACACCAAUCGAAAAGAAAGUAAUUAAAAAAUUAGAGGCAGCUACAGUUGAGCUCAAGUCCAUUAAGGAUCAACGUAAUCAAGGUUUGAUGAGCAUUGGCGAAACACUUGAUAAAAUUAUAGCUGGCAAGACUGAAAAGGAAGCCAUUCCAUGGGUAGUGAUGCGUGACAAAUUGAAACAUGUCGAAAGUGUGCAAAAACAAUUAGAUAAAUUCGAUUUGGAUGAAGUAUACUUACGACCGAUCGAACAGCCAAUACUCACAGACCAACAAGCACCACAACAGGCGCAACAAGAGCAAAUCGAACGAACCAAAGAGAUUCAACGACUACGCAGUAUGGAGAGUAUUGAAAUUACCGAGAUGACAGAACAGAUCGAAAAAUUAAUAACGAAACAUCAAAAGGAGGGCACUAUUCCAUGGAAGGAAAUGCGUCAACAAUUGAAGAGUGUACAACGUGUACAUAAUGAAAUCGAGAAGUUCAAAAUUGAAGAAGUUGAAUUACGCCAUCUGCAGGCACAAACCACAACUACAGAUGAAGUGAGCAGCGCAACUCACAGCACUGCCUAUAUGACUGUGGAUGAAAGCUCAAAAGGAUCUAUACAGAAAGUUCUUCGCAAGGAGGAUAUCCAACAGUAUGGUGAAGAUGUCACCGAUAUUCACAAGCAACAAUACAUCAUAAGUGAAGAUAUUAAUAUGCUGAGUGUUGCCGAGCGUGAGAAGCUUGAGGCUCAACGUAUCAUUCAGCAACAGCAAGCAGUAAACUGGCGCCAAGGACGAAAGGUCCCAACGUUGCAACCUUUUACUUCAAUUGAGGAUACUUCAAUACUAAAGACAGGGGUCACGACUCAAGAACAGCUCACACAAAAUUUACAACAGCAAAAAUACACUACUGUUGAAGACACAAAAAUGAUGAGCAUAGAGGAGUAUGAGCAUCUUCAAAUGAUGAAGCGUACACAAGAAGAUAAGGCGGUCGAAUGGCGUCAACCCAGACAAAGACAAGAGUAUCAAGAAGUUGAGGAUUCUACCAGACUUACAAUGCAAGAGCGCCAAGAUACUGAGGAACAACAAUUCGCGCCACCACAGCCCACUACAUGGGAUCGUGGCAGAAAGAAGUCGCAGCCUAAACAGGUGCAACCUCAAGUGCCACAACCCGCUGAACAAUAUCCAGAACAGCUGAAAACAUACGAGGAAGCUGUUGAUAUACUACCCGAAGAGGCUGUGCCAGCAAAACCAACCGAGCAGCCAUCGGCAGUCAUGUGGGAACGAGGUAGAAAGAAGGUCAUUACGCAACAACAACAAAUCGAUGAAAUUCGGCAAGUCACUGAGGUAGCACAGCAGCAGUUGGUGGAUCAACAGCAAAUUGAGGAAGAGCAACAUAUUGUUGAAGUAGCCAAGAAGACUACCCAACGUAAAAUACUUGCUCCUCGUGAGCCUGAACAGAAGGUAGAACAAGUUGUACUAAAGCCUACCCCCAGGCCACGACCCAAAUUGCCACAAAAGACAGAAGAAGUUCAAAUUCAACCACUGAAACGCACACAGGCUUCACAAAAGGUUGAAGAACAACCGACGCGUGCUUUUGAGGAAGCUGUAGACACACUUGAAGUAGAGGAAACCCCGCAGCAACCAGAGCCACUACAGCCUGUAAUGUGGGAACGAGGAAAAGGAAAACCAAAAAGAGCAGACGAAGAAAGUUCUGAACAGCCAACAAAAGCUUAUGAAGAAGCAGUGGAUGAAAUUUCAGAGCAAGCUUUACCACAACAACCAGAGCAGCCGCAACCAAUAUUGUGGGAACGUGGCAAGAAGAAACCAAUGGUUCAAUCACAGGAAGUGCGACAGGUAGAACAACAACAACAAACAAUUGUAGAAGAAACAACUGCAGCAGAUGUUAAGAAAGUUUCACGUAAAGUAAUUCCACAGGAACCAGAGCAAAAAGUGGAGCAGGUCGUACUUAAGCCAACACCCAGACAGAAGCCCAAAGAAACGCCUAAAGCAGAGGAAGUGCAACUUAAACCAGCCAAACGGCCGCAGCCUACAUUGGCCGCAGAAGCAGAACAACAAAAACCAAUUCAAGCAUACGAGGAAGCUGUUGACGAACUUCCAGAGGAAGCUAUACCACAACAACCAGAGCAGCCGCAACCUAUAUUGUGGGAACGUAGCAAGAAGAAACCGACGGUUCAAUCACAGGAAGUGCAACAGGUGGAACAACAACAACAAACAAUUGUAGAAGAAACAACUGCAGCAGAUGUUAAGAAAGUUUCACGUAAAGUGAUUCCUCAGGAACCAGAUCAAAAAAUGGAACAGGUGGUACUUAAGCCAACACCCAGGCAGAAACCCAAAGAAAUGCCGAAAACAGAAGAAGUACAGCUUAAACCAACCAAACAGCCACAGCCAACACAUACAGCAGAAAUAGAACAACAACAACCAAUCCAAGCAUACGAGGAAGCUGUUGAUAAACUUCCAGAAGAGACACAGCCCCAACAGCCAGAGAAACAAGAGCAACCAGUUUUAUGGGAACGCGGCAAAAAGAAGCCGAGCAAACUUGCCGAACAAAAGGUGGAAGAACAACCCACAAAAGCAUUUGAAGAAGCUGUGGACGAAAUUGUUGAGCAGCCUCAAGAGAUUGCAGAUGUUGUGCGGAAAGAGCAAGAAUCUAUUUCGGAAGAACUUGCUAUUGUUGAAGAAACUAAAAAGAAGACUCUUCGCAAAAUAAUUCCUCAAGAGCCAGAACAAAAGAUGGAGGAAGUGGUCCUCAAACCAACUCCUAGACAAAAGCCAAAAGAAGCGCCCAAACCAGAAGAAGUUCAACUGAAACCACAGCAGAAACAAAUUGCCGUAGAAAAACCUCAACAGCCCACAAAAACAUUUGAGGAGGCUGAUGAUGAAAUAAAAGAAGUAGCUCAAACAGAAGAACAACCAGAACCAGUCAUGUGGGAACGUGGAAAGAAAAAGCCUGCCAAGAUUACUAAAGAUAAGCACGAAGAGGUGUUAGUUCCAGCACAAGAAGAAGUGGUGGACAUAUUAGAGGAGCCACAACCUGAGCAACCAGAAGAGAAGCCAGUACUAUGGGAACGUGGAAAAAAGAAACCGAAAACACCAAAGGAGGAAGAAGUUGAAAUUAUCGAAACACAAAAAGACGAAUUAAAAGAACAAGAUGUAGUUGAGAAGAAAAAGGUUAAGAAAAUUAAAAAGAGACCUAGUGUUGCGGACGAGUUGGAAGCUCAGCCGAAGGUGGAAGAAGAAGAAAUCAUUGAAGAAAUACCAGAAGAAGCACAACCAACGAUUGAAGAAACUGAGCAGGAGGUAGAAACAACAGAUGUUGUUGAGAAAAAGGCAAAGAGAAAGCUAAAGAAACCAAAGUCGAAGCAGGAUGAGGAAAUUUUAAUAACUGAAGCUCCAGAAGAAGUAGACGAAGAAACUACAGAAGACAUUAUGUUAGAAGAAACUACGGAAGAUAAGAAACGAAAGAUCAAAAAGGUUAAGAAACCUAAAAAGGACAAGACUGAAGACGAUGUUCUAGAAAUUCAACCCGAAGAAGAGCAAAUAGAGGAAGAACUUAAACCAGAAGAAACCGUCCCACAGGACAAGCCACCAAUUAAGCGCAAGAGUAUCAAACCAGAAGAGCCUGAACAGGUCGAAAAGGUUACCCUCAAACCAGUGCCACGCAAGCAGUUACCGAAGCCGGAGCAAGAGAAGCCAGAAGAGGUUACAUUGAAGCCAAUCAAAAGACUCUCCACUUCAGAAGAUGUGCAACAACCAACAGUAACAGAGAUUGAUUCUUAUGAAGAAGUACCUAAAAAGAUCGUUGAAGAAGUCAUCGAAGAGGUCACCAAGAAACGCAUUAAGAAGAAGAAACCAAAGAAGAAGACAGUUGAAGAGGGAGAGGUAGAGGAAACAGAACAACCCACAGAAGAAGUAGAACAAGAAGAGGAAGAAGACAUACCGAUCCAAGAAAUUGAAGAACAGCCUCUACAAGAAGUAGUGGAAAUACCAGAAACUACUCCUCAACCCAAAACAAAGCCGACGGCAAUUCCUAUAGAAGAGAAGGUCGAAGAAGUUACCCUCAAGCCCAUCAGGAAAACUAAAAAGGAAAUUCCUGAAGAACAAAUGAUUGAGGAAGUGAAACUUAAGCCAGUAAAGCGGCCGCAACAAGUGCCAGAGGAACAGAAACUAGAAGAAGUUGUUCUACAACAUGUCGAAAAACAAGAUGAAGAAAUUAUAGUUGAAGAAAAGAAAAAGACAAAGAGAGUCAAGAAGCCAAAAACAGAAGAACUUCCAGAAAUUCCAGAUAUAGAACCUGUGCAACUUGAAGAAGCUGAACAUUUUGAUAUUGAAAAGGAGCCCAUUGUAAAGGAACCACAACCGCAAGUACCAUGGAAACGUGGUGAAAAGAAGAAGCCUGUUGAGGAACCUAUUGAAGAGAAACAGUGGCCUAAGGGUAAAAGGAAACCACUACCCGAGGAACAGCCAGAAGAAGUAGCACUCAAGCCAAUACCACAAAAACCAAAAGAGGAACCAGAGAAGCCGAUCAAAGAAAUUUCUGCUCCGAAAUUGAUAAUCGAAGAACGACCACAGCCAGAAGAUCAGGAACUCGAAAUUACACCUAUACCCGCUGAAGAUGAAGUCAAGGACGAGAAGCCAAAGAAAGAAAAGAAAAAGAAACCCAAAAUACGUAAAGCAACUCCGUCAGUUGAUGAAAUAUCUGAAGAAAUGGCUGAACCAUUCAAUGAACCAAUCACUGAAGAAGAUCAAGUGGACGAAAUUCCCAUUGACGAGAUCAAAGAAGUGGCUGUUUCUGAAGAAAUUCUUCCAGAAGAAGAAGUCGCACCAACCGAAGACAUACUUACCACCAAACAAAAAGCUCAUAAGAAACGUACGAAACGCCUAAAGGAUGCAUCUUUCGAAGAGCAACCAACACUGCUCGAAGCAGAAAUAGUGGAUCUGGAAGCCGAAGAGAUAAUCACCCAAGAAUCUUCACAAGAAAUCUCACAAAAGACCAUUACACUUAAAAAGACUGAUGACAAUCGUCCUCAGUACAUCACUACCGAGCAAUUAAUUGAGCUCGAUGUGGACGAUGUACGUCGAGAUAUUGACAUGAAGAUAACAUCAAAUAUUGUUAAGAAAGAAACCCGACGUACCAUACUGGAUGAUAGUCAGCCGUUACCCGAACUUGAAUUAAUAACACAAAAACGUAUCCAAGAGGGUAUCGAUAUGUUGCCCGAUGAAGAAUUGAUCGAAGAUCAAACGGUACCCCAGAAGGAAGAGACCACAACAUCUGAAGUGCAACGACAAGAACGUAAGCUGGUGCGCAAAAAGAAGAAGGAAAUCAAACCACCUCGCAUUACCGAAAAAUUGCGUCCAGUUAUGUGUACACCCGAGGCGCCGACAGAAUUGGAGUGUAAAAUUGAGGGCACACCAUUCCCAGAAAUCAGUUGGUACUUCAACGAUGUGCUUUUAUUCGCUUCGGAGAAAUAUGAAAUAACGGUAAUGGAAGACGUGGCCAAAUUAAAGAUCGCCAAGGUUACACCCAGCGAUGUUGGAGUGUACACUUGCGAAGCACGCAACGAGGCCGGAGUCGCAACGAGUCGAGCCAACAUAACUUUAGAAAAAGAACAAGGCAUUGCACCACAAUUCACUAAGCCACUCAAAAUCGAGUUCACCGAAGAGAAGGAACCCGAAUUGUUGAGAGUCACUGUGACAUGUCAAGUAGUUGGCAAGCCAAUGCCACAAGUCAAGUGGUAUCGCGGCACAGAGGAAGUUAUACCCAACGAAACUGUACAAACAUUUUACAACGAAGAAACCGGCGAUGUGGCUUUGGAAGUCAUUAAUCCAACACCCAAUGAAGCCGUUACAUACUCUGUGCAAGCACAAAACGAUUUCGGACGCGCUAUUGGUAAUGCCAACAUACUUAGCCGCGUCGACGAGGCACCACUGGAGGUAUUAAAACCACCAAAAGUGACACCACUGAGUGCCCAGGUUAUACCCAAUGGUGGUACCUUAUUGUACGAAGCCAAGUAUGAAGGUUCACCACGUCCGGAAAUCACUUGGUUGCGUAAUGGACGAGAGAUACAAAUCAAUGAAGAUGUUACCAUUGAAACCACAGAGACGACCACCAUAAUUAAAAUUGUUAAUAUGAAUCGCAAACGCACAGGCAAAUAUGAAGUUUGUGCAACGAAUAAAGUGGGAGAGGCCAAAUCAUCCGGUUCGGUAAUGGUGACCGAUCAAAAACCCAAUAAUGAGAUUAUACCACCACGCUUCAUACAACCACUACAACCGAAAUUCUUUGACGAGAAUGAAGUGGCCAUUUUAGAAGUUCUUGUAGAAUCAGAACCACUCUCCUCCUUCCAAUGGUUUGUAAAUCUUGAACCCAUCAAGAGUUCAACAGAAUGUCGUAUAGUUUCGCAAGCGAACAAGUCUACACUACUAAUAGAGAACUUCCAGCGGAAAUAUGUCGGUCAUUACACUUGUCGUGCGGAAAAUGUUGGUGGCUCGGUAACGUCAACUGCCACUGUAAAAUUAAUUGAAGAUAGCCCACAAGAAACAGUGGAAGAAUUCGAAUCGCCACGAUUCGUUGAAGAAUUGUUAGAGCCGAUUACGGUAAUGGAUGGCGAGGCGUUAUUACUCACAUGCAAAGUUAUUGGCAAGCCCACGCCGCGUGUGGAAUGGUACCAUAAUGAAGAGAAAGUUGUUGAAACCAAAGAGACGAUUAUAUCACAGGAUGCCGAUGGUAUAUGUCAGUUGCAAAUAACAGAAGUAUUCCCCGAAAACGAUGGCGAAUACAAGUGUGUGGCCAGCAAUAAAAUAGGCGAAGCGCUAACAAAAACAUUUGUUAAUAUACAAGCAUUUGAAUAUAUCCCCGAUUCUGAAAUCACUGGACUCACUGGCUCCGAAGAGGAUCUGCUAGAUAAGACUCUAUCAAUCGACGAACAACCACCGAAAAUCAUUAAGAAAUUACCGGAAAAAAUCGAACCCAAAGAGGGUGAACUAGCGAAAUUGGAAGUUAAAGUAAUUGGCAAACCAAAGCCGAAAAUUAAAUGGAUGCGCGACGACGAGGAGAUAUUCGCUUCUGAAGAAUAUCAAAUCGAAAAUUUCGAAGAUGGCACAUCAGUGCUUGUCAUCAAUCACGUUUAUCCCGAUGAUGUGGGCACUAUUAGUUUUGAGGCUCACAAUCCAUUGGGUGUAGCAGUGACCACGGCGCUCUUUGCGGUUGAAGGCAUCGUUGGAACUAAGGACUAUCGCAAACCGGAGUGGGUUACCCAUAUGGAGGAGAUGCAGAAGGCGCUUAAAGAUACUAACACUGCGCUCGAGAGCUUAAUUCUACAGCAAAAAACUCCUGUCGAAAAAGCACCCGCGGAAGUCAGCGAAAUGCCCGAAGAGGUGCGAGUGGUGGAGACCAUCUCAGAAGACGGCAAACCAAAGAAGAAGAAGAUUCGUACUCGUGUCAUAAAGAAGGUGAAGGGUGACAAACAAGAAGUCACAAAGAUUGAGACCAUCGAAGAAGAUGACAAACAGCCCGAAACAACUGUCACUGUUGAAGAAACUCCUGUCGAAGAAGAAUCACCUGAGGAAGUCAGAGAAAUGCCCGAAGAGGUACGAGUAGUGGAGAUCAUCUCAGAAGAUGGCAAACCAAAGAAGAAGAAGAUUCGUACUCGUGUCAUCAAGAAGGUGAAGGGCGACAAACAGGAAGUCACGAAAAUCGAAACAGUUGAAGAAGAUGAUAAACGGCCCGAAACAACAGUCACUGUUGAAGAAACUCCUGUCGAAGAAGCACCAGAGGAAGUCAGCGAAAUGCCCGAAGAAGUGCGAGUGGUGGAGACCAUCUCAGAAGAUGGCAAACCAAAGAAGAAGAAGAUUCGUACUCGUGUCAUCAAGAAGGUGAAGGGCGACAAACAGGAAGUCACGAAAAUCGAAACAGUUGAAGAAGAUGAUAAACAGCCCGAAACAACAGUUACUGUUGAAGAAACUCCUGUCGAGGAAUCACCUGAGGAAGUCAGAGAAAUGCCCGAAGAGGUACGAGUAGUGGAAACCAUCUCAGAAGAUGGCAAGCCUAAAAAAAAGAAGAUUCGUACUCGUGUCAUCAAGAAGGUGAAGGGCGACAAACAAGAAGUCACGAAGAUUAAAACAAUUGAAGAAGAUGAUAAACAGCCCGAAACAACUGUCACUGUUGAAGAAACUCCUGUCGAGGAAUCACCUGAGGAAGUCAGAGAAAUGCCCGAAGAGGUGCGAGUGGUGGAAACCAUCUCAGAAGAUGGCAAACCAAAGAAGAAGAAGAUUCGAACUCGAGUCAUCAAGAAGGUGAAGGGCGGCAAACAGGAAGUCACGAAGAUUGAGACAGUUGAAGAAGAUGAUAAACAGCCUGAAACAACUGUCACUGUCGAAGAAACUCCUGUCGAGGAAACACCUGAGGAAGUCAGAGAAUUGCCGGAAGAGGUACGAGUAGUGGAGACCAUCUCAGAAGAUGGCAAACCAAAGAAAAAGAAGAUUCGUACUCGUGUCGUCAAGAAGGUGAAGGGCGACAAACAGGAAGUCACGAAAAUCGAAACAGUUGAAGAAGAUGAUAAACAGCCUGAAACAACAGUCACUGUUGAAGAAACUCCUGUCGAGGAAUCACCUGAGGAAGUCAGAGAAAUGCCCGAAGAGGUGCGAGUGGUGGAAACCAUCUCAGAAGAUGGAAAACCCAAGAAAAAGAAGAUUCGUACUCGUGUCAUCAAGAAGGUGAAGGGCGGCAAACAGGAAGUCACGAAAAUCGAAACAGUUGAAGAAGAUGAUAAACAACCUGAAACAACAGUUACUGUUGAGGAAACUCCUGUCGAGGAAUCACCUGAGGAAGUCAGAGAAAUGCCCGAAGAGGUGCGAGUGGUGGAAACCAUCUCAGAAGAUGGCAAACCAAAGAAGAAGAAGAUUCGAACUCGAGUCAUCAAGAAGGUGAAGGGCGACAAACAGGAAGUCACGAAGAUUGAGACAGUUGAAGAAGAUGAUAAACAGCCCGAAACAACAGUCACUGUUGAAGAAACUCCUGUCGAGGAAUCACCUGAGGAAGUCAGAGAAAUGCCCGAAGAGGUACGAGUGGUGGAGACCAUCUCAGAAGAUGGCAAACCAAAGAAGAAGAAGAUUCGUACUCGAGUCAUCAAGAAGGUGAAGGGCGACAAACAGGAAGUCACGAAGAUACAAACAGUUGAAGAAGAUGAUAAACAGCCCGAAACAACAGUUACUGUCGAAGAAACUCCUGUCGAGGAAUCACCUGAGGAAGUCAGAGAAAUGCCCGAAGAGGUGCGUGUGGUGGAGACCAUCUCAGAAGAUGGCAAACCAAAGAAGAAGAAGAUUCGUACUCGUAUCAUCAAGAAGGUGAAAGGCGACAAACAAGAAGUCACGAAAAUCGAAACAGUUGAAGAAGAUGAUAAACAGCCUGAAACAACAGUUACUGUUGAAGAAACUCCUGUCGAGGAAUCACCCGAGGAAGUCAGAGAAAUGCCCGAAGAGGUACGAGUGGUGGAGACCAUCUCAGAAGAUGGCAAACCAAAGAAGAAGAAGAUUCGUACUCGUGUCAUCAAGAAGGUGAAAGGCGACAAACAGGAAGUCACGAAAAUCGAAACAAUUGAAGAAGAUGAUAAACAGCCUGAAACAACAGUUACUGUUGAAGAAACUCCUGUCGAGGAAUCACCUGAGGAAGUCAGAGAAAUGCCCGAAGAGGUACGAGUGGUGGAGACCAUCUCAGAAGAUGGCAAACCAAAGAAGAAGAAGAUUCGUACUCGUGUCAUCAAGAAGGUGAAGGGCGACAAACAGGAAGUCACGAAAAUCCAAACAGUUGAAGAAGAUGAUAAACAGCCCGAAACAACAGUUACUGUUGAAGAAACUCCUGUCGAGGAAUCACCUGAGGAAGUCAGAGAAAUGCCCGAAGAGGUACGAGUAGUGGAGACCAUCUCAGAGGAUGGCAAACCAAAGAAAAAGAAGAUUCGUACUCGAGUCAUCAAGAAGGUAAAGGGCGACAAACAGGAAGUCACGAAGAUUGAAACAGUUGAAGAAGAUGAUAAACAGCCCGAAACAACAGUUACUGUUGAAGAAACUCCUGUCGAGGAAUCACCCGUGGAAGUCAGAGAAAUGUCCGAAGAGGUACGUGUAGUGGAGACCAUCUCAGAAGAUGGCAAGCCAAAGAAGAAGAAGAUUCGUACUCGUGUCAUCAAGAAGGUAAAGGGCGACAAACAAGAAGUCACGAAGAUUGAGACAGUUGAAGAAGAUGAUAAACAGCCCGAAACAACAGUUACUGUUGAAGAAACUCCUGUCGAGGAAUCACCUGAGGAAGUCAGAGAAAUGCCCGAAGAGGUGCGAGUGGUGGAGACCAUCUCAGAAGAUGGCAAACCAAAGAAGAAGAAGAUUCGUACUCGAGUCAUCAAGAAGGUGAAAGGCGACAAACAAGAAGUCACGAAGAUUGAAACCGUCGAAGAAGAUGAUAAACAGCCUGAAACAACAGUUACUGUUGAGGAAACUCCUGUCGAAGAAGAAUCACCCGAGGAAGUCAGAGAAAUGCCCGAAGAGGUGCGAGUGGUGGAGACCAUCUCAGAAGAUGGCAAACCAAAGAAUAAGAAGAUUCGUACUCGUGUCAUAAAGAAGGUGAAGGGCGACAAACAGGAAGUCACGAAAAUCGAAACAGUUGAAGAAGAUGAUAAACAGCCUGAAACAACAGUUACUGUUGAAGAAACUCCUGUCGAGGAAUCACCUGAGGAAGUCAGAGAAAUGCCCGAAGAGGUGCGAGUGGUGGAGACCAUCUCAGAAGAUGGCAAACCAAAGAAGAAGAAGAUUCGUACGCGUGUCAUCAAGAAGGUGAAGGGCGACAAACAGGAAGUCACGAAAAUAGAAACAGUUGAAGAAGAUGACAAACAGCCCGAAACAACAGUUACUGUUGAAGAAACUCCUGUCGAGGGAUCACCCGAGGAAGUCAGAGAAAUGCCCGAAGAGGUGCGAGUGGUGGAGACCAUCUCAGAAGAUGGCAAACCAAAGAAGAAGAAGAUUCGUACUCGAGUCAUAAAGAAGGUGAAGGGCGACAAACAGGAAGUCACAAAAAUCGAAACAGUUGAAGAAGAUGACAAACAGCCCGAAACAACAGUUACUGUUGAAGAAACUCCUGUCGAGGAAUCACCCGAGGAAGUCAGAGAAAUGUCCGAAGAGGUACGAGUAGUGGAGACCAUCUCAGAAGAUGGCAAACCAAAGAAGAAGAAGAUUCGUACUCGUGUCAUCAAGAAGGUAAAGGGUGACAAACAAGAAGUCACGAAGAUUGAGACAGUUGAAGAAGAUGAUAAACAGCCCGAAACAACAGUUACUGUUGAAGAAACUCCUGUCGAGGAAUCACCUGAGGAAGUCAGAGAAAUGCCCGAAGAGGUGCGAGUGGUGCAGACCAUCUCAGAAGAUGGCAAACCAAAAAAGAAGAAGAUUCGUACUCGAGUCAUCAAGAAGGUGAAGGGCGACAAACAGGAAAUCACGAAAAUCGUAACAGUUGAAGAAGAUGAUAAACAGCCUGAAACAACAGUUACUGUUGAAGAAACUCCUGUCGAGGAAACACCUGAGGAAGUCAGAGAAAUGCCCGAAGAGGUGCGAGUGGUGGAGACCAUCUCAGAAGAUGGCAAACCAAAGAAGAAGAAGAUUCGUACUCGUGUCAUCAAGAAGGUGAAGGGCGACAAACAAGAAGUCACGAAGAUUGAAACCGUCGAAGAAGAUGAUAAACAGCCUGAAACAACAGUUACUGUUGAGGAAACUCCUGUCGAAGAAGCACCUGAGGAAGUCAGAGAAAUGCCCGAAGCGGUGCGAGUGGUGGAAACCAUCUCAGAAGAUGGCAAACCAAAGAAGAAGAAGAUUCGUACUCGAGUCAUCAAGAAGGUCAAGGGCGACAAACAGGAAGUCACGAAGAUAGAGACAGUUGAAGAAGACGAUAAACAACCUGAAACAACAGUUACUGUUGAGGAAACUCCUGUCGCGGAAUCACCCGAGGAAGUCAGAGAACUGCCCGAAGAGGUGCGUGUGGUGGAGACCAUCUCAGAAGAUGGCAAACCAAAGAAGAAGAAGAUUCGUACUCGAGUCAUCAAGAAGGUGAAGGGCGACAAACAGGAAGUCACGAAAAUCGAAACAGUUGAAGAAGAUGAUAAACAGCCCGAAACAACAGUUACUGUCGAAGAAACUCCUGUCGAAGAAUCACCCGAGGAAGUCAGAGAAAUGCCCGAAGAGGUGCGUGUGGUGGAGACUAUCUCAGAAGAUGGCAAACCAAAGAAGAAGAAGAUUCGUACGCGAGUCAUCAAGAAGGUGAAGGGCGACAAACAGGAAGUCACGAAAAUCGAAACAGUUGAAGAAGAUGAUAAACAGCCCGAAACAACAGUUACUGUUGAAGAAACUCCUGUCGAGGAAUCACCCGAGGAAGUCAGAGAACUGCCCGAAGAGGUGCGUGUGGUGGAGACCAUCUCAGAAGAUGGCAAACCAAAGAAGAAGAAGAUUCGUACUCGAGUCAUCAAGAAGGUGAAGGGCGACAAACAGGAAGUCACGAAAAUCGAAACAGUUGAAGAAGAUGAUAAACAGCCCGAAACAACAGUUACUGUCGAAGAAACUCCUGUCGAGGAAUCACCCGAGGAAGUCAGAGAAAUGCCCGAAGAGGUGCGUGUGGUGGAGACCAUCUCAGAAGAUGGCAAACCAAAGAAGAAGAAGAUUCGUACUCGAGUCAUCAAGAAGGUGAAGGGCGACAAACAGGAAGUCACGAAAAUCGAAACAGUUGAAGAAGAUGAUAAACAGCCCGAAACAACAGUUACUGUUGAAGAAACUCCUGUCGAGGAAUCACCCGAGGAAGUCAGAGAACUGCCCGAAGAGGUGCGUGUGGUGGAGACCAUCUCAGAAGAUGGCAAACCAAAGAAGAAGAAGAUUCGUACUCGAGUCAUCAAGAAGGUGAAGGGCGACAAACAGGAAGUCACGAAAAUCGAAACAGUUGAAGAAGAUGAUAAACAGCCCGAAACAACAGUUACUGUCGAAGAAACUCCUGUCGAAGAAUCACCCGAGGAAGUCAGAGAAAUGCCCGAAGAGGUGCGUGUGGUGGAGACUAUCUCAGAAGAUGGCAAACCAAAGAAGAAGAAGAUUCGUACGCGAGUCAUCAAGAAGGUGAAGGGCGACAAACAGGAAGUCACGAAAAUCGAAACAGUUGAAGAAGAUGAUAAACAGCCCGAAACAACAGUUACUGUUGAAGAAACUCCUGUCGAGGAAUCACCCGAGGAAGUCAGAGAACUGCCCGAAGAGGUGCGUGUGGUGGAGACCAUCUCAGAAGAUGGCAAACCAAAGAAGAAGAAGAUUCGUACUCGAGUCAUCAAGAAGGUGAAGGGCGACAAACAGGAAGUCACGAAAAUCGAAACAGUUGAAGAAGAUGAUAAACAGCCCGAAACAACAGUUACUGUCGAAGAAACUCCUGUCGAGGAAUCACCCGAGGAAGUCAGAGAAAUGCCCGAAGAGGUGCGUGUGGUGGAGACCAUCUCAGAAGAUGGCAAACCAAAGAAGAAGAAGAUUCGUACUCGAGUCAUCAAGAAGGUGAAGGGCGACAAACAGGAAGUCACGAAAAUCGAAACAGUUGAAGAAGAUGAUAAACAGCCCGAAACAACAGUUACUGUUGAAGAAACUCCUGUCGAGGAAUCACCCGAGGAAGUCAGAGAACUGCCCGAACAGGUGCAAGUGGAAUCACCCGAGGAAGUCAGAGAAAUGCCCGAAGAGGUGCGUGUGGUGGAGACCAUCUCAGAAGAUGGCAAACCAAAGAAGAAGAAGAUUCGUACUCGAGUCAUCAAGAAGGUGAAGGGCGACAAACAGGAAGUCACGAAAAUCGAAACAGUUGAAGAAGAUGAUAAACAGCCCGAAACAACAGUUACUGUUGAAGAAACUCCUGUCGAGGAAUCACCCGAGGAAGUCACCGAGGAAGUCAAAGAAUUGCCUGAAGAGGUGCGAGUGGUGGAGACCAUCUCAGAAGAUGGCAAACCAAAGAAGAAGAAGAUUCGUACUCGAGUCAUCAAGAAGGUGAAGGGCGACAAACAGGAAGUCACGAAAAUCGAAACAGUUGAAGAAGAUGAUAAACAGCCCGAAACAACAGUUACUGUUGAAGAAACUCCUGUCGAGGAAUCACCCGAGGAAGACAGAGAAAUGCCCGAAGAGGUGCAUGUGGUGGAGACCAUCUCAGAAGAUGGCAAACCAAGGAGGAAGAAGAUUCGUACUCGUGUCAUCAAGAAAGUAAAGGGCGACAAACAGGAAGUCACGAAAAUCGAGACAGUUGAAGAAGAUGAUAAACAGCCCCAAACAACAGUCACUGUUGAAGAAAUUCCAGUCGAAGAAGCACCCGAAGAAGUCGAAGAAUUGCCCGAAGAGGUUCGAGUGGUGGAGACCAUCUCAGAAGAUGGCAAACCAAAGAAGAAGAAAAUUCGUACUCGUGUCAUCAAGAAGAUGAAAGGCGACAAACAAGAGGUCACGAAGGUUGAAACCGUCGAAGAAGAUGAUAAACAGCCCCAAACAACAGUCACUGUUGAAGAAAUUCCAGUCGAAGAAGCACCCGAAGAAGUCAAGGAAUUGCCCGAAGAGGUACGAGUGGUGGAAACCAUGUCAGAAGACGGCAAACUAAAGAAGAAGAAGAUUCGUACUCGUGUCAUCAAGAAGAUGAAGGGCGACAAACAAGAGGUCACGAAGAUUGAAACCGUCGAAGAAGACGACAAGCAGCCCGAAACCACUGUCACAGUGGAAGAAAUGCCAUUUGAGGAAGCUCCCGAACAAGUUGAGGAAAUACCUGAAGUAGUGGAAGUGGUUGAAACCACAUCCAAAGACGGAAAGCCUAAAAUUAAGAAGAUCCGUACCAGAGUCAUUAAGAGGAUAAAAGGUGAUAAGCAAGCGGUGACAAAGAUUGAGACCGUCGAAGAAGAUGAUCAGCAGCCUAAAACAACUAUCACAGUUGAAGAAACUCCUGCCGAAGAAGCACCCGAGGACGUCAAAGAAAUGCCCGAAGAGGUACGAGUGGUGGAGACCAUCUCAGAAGACGGCAAACCAAAAAAGAAGAAGAUUCGUACUCGUGUCAUCAAGAAGGUGAAAGGGGACAAACAGGAGGUUACCAAAAUUGAAACCGUCGAAGAAGACGACAAACAGCCCGAAACCACUGUCACUGUAGAAGAGACUCCUAUUAUUGAAGUCAUAUCCCAGUCGCGAUUGAAGAAAAGAAUACGAGUACAAAAACCCACUGACGAGGUGUCUGUCGUAGAACUUCCAGAGCAAAAAUCAGUGGUCAUGUCUGAAAAAGAAGAUGGUACACCUACCAAGACUGUAAUUAGAACAAAAAUUAUUAAAAAAAUUGAUGGACCUAAAAUGGAGAUUACUAAAGUUGAAACCAUUGAGGAAUUUGAAAAAAUGCCUGUCACUAUAGUCAGUGUGCAAGAAUAUGAUAAACCCUUCCCGGAAGUAGAGCCAAGCAAAGAAGAUGAGGCAGUCCCAAUUCAAGAGCUACCGGAAGAGAUUAUAAUAUCGGAAUUAGUUGAUAAAUAUAAAACACCAAAACAAAAGAUAACCAAAACAAGAACAUUUAAGAAAGAAGUGUCCCCUGAGCCGGAAUUUUAUCAAAUCCAAACUAUUGAGGAGGAAGGAAAGGAACCAUAUUCUCUCAUUCGUGUUGUUAGUGACGAUAGCAUUGCUGAUAUAAUUGAUAUCAGCCUAUUAGAGGACGAAAAGAAACCUACACACAGAAAAUCCAAAACACUACAAAAAUCUAAGGAGGAAAAACCUACACCUGAACACUUUACAAAGGAAAAACCAGUUUUCGUUACUACAUUCAAAUCAGUCCAAAAUGAAGACGGCGAAACUAUUAUUGAAACAGAAAAUAAAAAAAUUACUGAGGAGGAAGGCAUCGUCGUCGAAGAAGUCCUUAGCGAUACUGAACCAGUUAUAUAUGAGGAUCAAACUGCCUUAAAGAAUGUUGAAAUAGUAGAAGUCGACGGAUACACAGACCAUGAUAGCAAAGAGUACACAAUUACAGAACCAGAUGAUGUCACUGAAGACAUUACACAAACACCUGAUACAGAUAAGAAACCGAAACAUAGAGUUAAACAAAAAAUGACACAUAAAACAUUUGAAAACAUCGACGAAUCUCCAGACGAAAUAGUUAUCGAAUAUAUGCCUACAGAGGUGUUCGAAGUACAACGACCUGUAGAUUUGAAUGAAAAGGAUUCAAAUGAACCUAAAAUAACUAUGGUUAAAAAGCGAAAAAUUAAGAAAAAGGUUGGUGGUCAUGAACAAAUAAUUGAGGUUGUAACUACAAAAGAAGAAGGUAAAGAUGAGGAAAAUACAGUGGUCGUUCAUUCGGAAGAUGAUGAAAAGCCUGAAGAUAUUCAAGUGACAGAUUACCGUGUCCAGAUCGUUGAAAACGUGGGUGGUUCUCCUAAGCCGGCCGAUGAAGAGAAAUCGAAAUUAAAGAAGAAGCGAAAGCCUAAAAAAAUAGUGAAAAAGGAUGACUUGGAUGAAUACAUUCAAUUCUUAAUACAACAAGAAAUACCUAAAACUGUUCUUCAGGAAUAUAUGCCCAUCGAUAUGGAGAAGCCGCAGAGGGCUCGCAGUGACUCAACUACGGCAAAAAAACCAAUUAAAUUGAUACCAAUGAAAAUUGAAAAUGUUGAGGUCAAAAAGUCAAAAAGAAUUGAAAUUACAUCGGUGGCAGAAUUUCCACAAAUUUUGAAACUGAAAAAACCUAAACAAAAGCCGAAAGAAAAGCCCAAACGGGAAGAGACUGUUUUCAAGAACAUCAAAUUGAAAAGUUGGAUAAAUUUCAUUCCAUUUGCCCCAUACUGUUUCAAGCCUAUUAUAACAGAAUUAGAAACUAAUCGCGGCUGUGGAGAAUUAUCUAGAAAUAUAGAAGAAGCACUGAGCAUUGUAAAGAAACGGCGCGUUAAACUUAAGCACACUGAAAAACCAGAAAAAGACCUUGAAGCACUAGAACUCUUCGAAGACAUCAUAGUGAAAGAUGAGCCAUUGCCAGAGCAGGUGGAAAAAUAUAAACGCCCUAAAAAGCAAGCAAAGGAUAAAACUCCUGAUUUAUCGAAGAAGAUUAAGAUAGGAAAAGGAAAAUUACCCGAUAAUGAAUGUGAGAUAGAAGACGUUAAUCUAAAACCAGUUACAAAGGAGGGAACCGAAAAUUUUGUAGACGAAACCUUCGACAAGUCCACGAAAGAGAAGCCAAAGCAAAAGCAUCGCGGCCGAAAGCCAGGUGUAGGGGAUAGUUCUAUACAAUUCGAACCAGUAGAUUUCGAGGAAUUUGAAUCCGAAACUGAACAUAUUUCAGAAGCAACGGACACGUCUCAACCAGAAGCAGAUAUUUCGCCAGAUAAACCAAAAUACAAACGCAAGAAGAAAAUGCAACCGCAACCAGAGUCUAUACAAUAUCUUAUUAAACCCCAAAAAGCAAAAGACAAAGAAGGAUCUUCGGAGCCUGAGCUUGAAUUGCGUAAACCUGAAUCUACAAAGCCACAGGGCGAGGUAGAUGAUAUAAAAUUAAAACCAUUCCACAAAAUAGAAAUCAUUGAAAUAGCAUCCGAAACUACUGACCAGCCAACGCCGUCUGCAUAUAAGAAACGUCCUAAAAGAGUACGCAAACUUAAACAUGAAACACCGGAUGAGGAAAAUGUAAUAGAAAUAAUCGAAAUACCAUCUGAAACUUUAGAGGGUGAUUCAACAUAUGAAGUAACGAUAACAACUACGGAUGUACGUGCGAUUAGUGAGAAGACACCAAAAACCAAACCGUUAAAAAAGAAAAGAGUGAAAAUAAUGAAGGAUGAAGAGGUGGAUGACUUUAUUGCAGAUUUGAUGGAAGCACCUGAAGACAAAAUAUUUGAUUUUAGCAUAGUGGACUUCUAUGAAGUUAAAGUACAAGAAUUAAAACCAGAAUUUAUUGAACAGACAACAGUAAAGGAGGACGGCAAAGUUCAAACAGAAAUUCGCAAAAAGCGCAAACUACUACAUAAAAAGGGUAAUGAAGAGAAUGUGAUCGAAAUUGUAGAAGUAGCUACACCCGAUUCAAGGGAAACUCUGUAUGAAGUGCUUGUGGUUGACACUGAAGAGCAUAGUCCAGAUUCAACGGAUAAACCAAAAACGAAAAAACCGAAAAAGUUGAAGAAAGACGAGUUGGAUGAAUACAUUCAAAAGUUAAUUAAUGCUGAAAUUCCUAAAACCGAACUCGAAAAAUAUGAAAAGAUUGAUGUUGAUGGUAAACCAAAAAAACCAAAGAAAACAAAAAAACUACCUCAAAAGGCCAUUAUAGAAGAGCCGCACACUUUAGAAGUUGAUGUAGUUGAAACUAGUCCCAAAGAAGCACCUAAACUAAAAAAACCCAAGAAAAAGAUAGUUGCAAUGGACACACAGGCUGCUGAAGAACCCAUAGAGAUACACGGGACUGAAUUUUCAGUUAAAGUUGCUGACACCGUACCAUCCAAACCAGACACAGAAGUUAUUUUGGAAGAAGCAAUAGCUAAAGAAGAGACUGCACCAGCUGCGGAAACUGCUGAGGAUGAUAUUCCGAAAAUUGAAGAAAUUUCUAAAAAUGUUGACAUUGUGGCAACGGAAGGACCAAGCGGAACAAUUACAGAAGAAAUUAUUACAAAACGCAAAUUCAAGAAAAAGAAGGGUGCGAAGGAAUAUACCAUAGAAGUUAUUGAAACGCAAACAAAGAAUGAGCCAGAAGCAGAAGUAACAGUUAUAACAACUGAAAUUGUAGAAACACCAGCAGAAUCCCUUCCGGAAAAACCAAAGCGUGUCCCUAAAAAGACGACUAAAAACAUCAAAAAAGAAGAAGUAGAGAACUAUAUUAUGCAAAUUGUUGAAGAAUUACCAGAGGAAUUCAAAGUGCAGCCUAAAGAGGAUCUACAAGAAAUUUUAGAAAACACUGAAAAACCGGUAAAAGAUGCCACUUUCUUUAGCACUACUAUCGUAGAGGAAACAGCCGAUCAGGAAGAACUACCGGAAGCUGAUCAAAUAUCUCCGGUUGAGAGCGGCACGGAAGAAAGAAAGAAGAAAAUUAAAAAACCAAAACACAUUAAAAUUGUGGAAGCGCAACCACAGGAAGAAAGUUUACAAAAAAUUGAGGUACAAACUGAUGAAGAACGCGGUAUUAAAGAAACUCCUGUCGUAGAAAACUUCAUGGUCGAUAAGCAUGAAGAGGGCAUAAAAAGGCAGAAAAAAGGAAAGCGCACCAUGCCCAAGGAAGAACAAGUCAUGGAAAAUUAUGUAGUUCGAAUUGAAGAAUCAGCUCCUGAAGUUACAACCACUGAAAUUGUUGACGAACAGGGUGAUCUUACAAAACAAACUACGACAAAAAGAAGGCUUAAGAAAAAGGAGGGUCCGAAGGAAUUUUUAAUAGAAGUUGUGGAAACGUUUGAAGCAAAUAAACCAGACGAAGUGGAGUUAACUGUAACAACAACAGAAGUCGUACCAACUGAUUUAGGUGAAGAUGCAGUCGAGCAAACAACAACAACUAAAAAAAUCAAAAAGAAGAAAUCUCCUAAAGAAGACUUCGAUGAUUAUUUACGAAAACUAAUAGAACAGGAAAUACCCAAAACUGAACUGGAAGAAUUCACACCGCUUGAAUUUAGCAAAACUGCGAAGAAACCUAAAAGGAAAACCAAACAUCACAAGAAAACUAUUGAGGUUAUUGACGAUGUGCCGGUCACAAUUCAUGAAUUCGAUGUAGAAGAAUUGCCCAGCGAAAAAGAAGAGGAAGCUGAAGAACCAACAGCUGAGGUUCCAAUAGAAGAAGAGCAAACCAAACCGGAUGAUCAUGAAGAAUUUAGAAUUGGUGUAACCGAUGAACAAGUUGAGCCGAUGAAAUUCGAUGAAAUAACUACUGAAGAACGUCCAACCAAAAUAAGAAAACCGAAAAAGCCAAAAGAGGCACCAACAGAAGAAGCUCCUGUAGUAUUGGAAGAACUAGAACAGAGCAUUGUAACGGUCAUGGAGACUGAUGAAAAAGGUGAUAUAAAAGAGAAAACCGUAUCUAAGCGAAAAAUUAAACGUAAGCAAGGACCCAAAGAAGCAGUUUUUGAAAUAUCUGAAAUAACCGAAGGAGCAGAUCAACCUAUUGCUGAGGUAACAAUUGUGCAACUAGACGAAAGUCAACCAACUCUUGAAGACACGAAACCCACUAUACCGGUUAAAAAGAUUGUAAAAAAACCUAAGAAAAUACCAAAAGAAGAUAUUCAAAAUUAUUUGGUAAACGUCAUCGAAGAAUUUAUAUACCAGGACACAGUUCCAGAAAGCGAGGAAGAGAUUAUAGAAAAACCUAAAGAUGAUGUCGAAAAGGAUAUUCGUAAACCGAAAAAGCAUAAGGUAAAAGUAACGGAAGGGAAGGUGCAAGAUGAUAUUGAAACUAUACCCGACACCGAAGCUCAUUUAAUAGAAGAAUAUCCGGAGUCCAUAAAUCAAAUAGAAGACGAAUACAAGAUUGAUUUAACUGAGUCUUCGCUACCCGAACAGCCCACCAAAAAGAUACGCAAAAAGAUCAAGAAACAGGAAUCUAUCCCAAAAGUGCCAGAUGAAGAUUCUCCAGAAUUCAGAGCGCACAUAUCUUCGUUUGAAGAAGCCCCAGAAAAUGAAGUUCUAGUGGAAGAGCCAAUUCAUAGUGAGCCAGAAGAAAUGGAGCCUGUAGAUGACUUUAAUGUUAUUGUGGAAGAAAUUGAAACCACUCAAGAUGUUCAGGAUAUUAUCGCUGAAUCCGGCGAGAAAAUAAAACAGACCACGAAGAAACGUAAGAUAAGGAAAACAGUAGGGCCGAAAGAAGAAAUAAUAGAAAUUAUUGAAACACAAUUGGAAGACUCGCCAAUAGCAGAGGUUACAGUUGUAGUAGAGGAAGUGGAAAAACCAGUUACAACAAAGGAAGAUAAGCCACAAGUAGUCAAACCAAAGAAAAUAAAGAAGGUUAAAAAGGAUGAUCUUAUGGAGUACAUUUACAAAUUAAUUGAAGAGGAUAUACCGAAAACGGAACUGGAAAAAUAUGAGAAAAUUGACUUGGAACAACCGAUAAAACUUAAAAAGAAAAAGAAACCUGAGAAGAAAGACGUUACUUUAACGGAAGAAGUACCUGUAAAAGAACAAGAUGAGGAUAUAAAAAGAUCGAAAAAGACAAAGCAUACCAAACCUAAGAAAGAGACAGUCUUUGAAAAAUAUGUAGUUCGAAUUGAAGAAUCAGCUCCUGAAGUUACAACCACUGAAAUUGUUGACGAACAGGGUGAUCUUACAAAACAAACUACGACAAAAAGAAGGCUUAAGAAAAAGGAGGGUCCGAAGGAACUUUUAAUAGAAGUUGUGGAAACGUUUGAAGCAAAUAAACCAGACGAAGUGCAGUUAACUGUAACAACAACAGAAGUCGUACCAACUGAUUUAGGUGAAGAUGCAGUCGAGCAAACAACAACAACUAAAAAAAUCAAAAAGAAGAAAUCUCCUAAAGAAGACUUCGAUGAUUAUUUACGAAAACUAAUAGAACAGGAAAUACCCAAAACUGAACUGGAAGAAUUCACACCGCUUGAAUUUAGCAAAACUGCGAAGAAACCUAAAAGGAAAACCAAACAUCACAAGAAAACUAUUGAGGUUGUUGACGAUGUGCCGGUCACAAUUCAUGAAUUCGAUGUAGAAGAAUUGCCCAGCGAAAAAGAAGAGGAAGCUGAAGAACCAACAGCUGAGGUUCCAAUAGAAGAAGAGCAACCCAAACCGGAUGAACAUGAAGAAUUUAGAAUUGGUGUAACCGAUGAACAAGUUGAGCCGAUGAAAUUCGAUGAAAUAACUACUGAAGAACAUCCAACCAAAAUAAGAAAACCGAAAAAACCAAAAGAGGCACCAACAGAAGAAGCUCCUGUAGUAUUGGAAGAACUAGAACAGAGCAUUGUAACGGUCAUGGAGACUGAUGAAAAAGGUGAUAUAAAAGAGAAAACCGUAUCUAAGCGAAAAAUUAAACGUAAGCAAGGACCCAAAGAAGCAGUUUUUGAAAUAUCUGAAAUAACCGAAGGAGAAGAUCAACCUAUUGCUGAGGUAACAAUUGUACAACUAGACGAAAGUCAACCAACUCUUGAAGACACGAAACCCACUAUACCGGUUAAAAAGAUUGUAAAAAAACCUAAGAAAAUACCAAAAGAAGAUAUUCAAAAUUAUUUGGUAAACGUCAUCGAAGAAUUUAUAUACCAGGACACAGUUCCAGAAAGCGAGGAAGAGAUUAUAGAAAAACCUAAAGAUGAUGUCAAAAAGGAUAUUCGUAAACCGAAAAAGCAUAAAGUAAAAGUAACGGAAGAGAAAGUGCAAGAUGAUAUUGAAACUAUACCCGACACCGAAGCUCAUUUAAUAGAAGAAUAUCCGGAGUCCAUAAAUCAAAUAGAAGACGAAUACAAGAUUGAUUUAACUGAGUCUUCGCUACCCGAACAGCCCACCAAAAAGAUACGCAAAAAGAUCAAGAAACAGGAAUCUAUCCCAAAAGUGCCAGAUGAAGAUUCUCCAGAAUUCAGAGCGCACAUAUCUUCGUUUGAAGAAGCCCCAGAAAAUGAAGUUCUAGUGGAAGAGCCAAUUCAUAGUGAGCCAGAAGAAAUACAACCUGUAGAUGACUUUAAUGUUAUUGUGGAAGAAAUUGAAACCACUCAAGAUGUUCAGGAUAUUAUCGCUGAAUCCGGCGAGAAAAUAAAACAGACCACGAAGAAACGUAAGAUAAGGAAAACAGUAGGGCCGAAAGAAGAAAUAAUAGAAAUUAUUGAAACACAAUUGGAAGACUCGCCAAUAGCAGAGGUUACAGUUGUAGUAGAGGAAGUGGAAAAACCAGUUACAACAAAGGAAGAUAAGCCACAAGUAGUCAAACCAAAGAAAAUAAAGAAGGUUAAAAAGGAUGAUCUUAUGGAGUACAUUUACAAAUUAAUUGAAGAGGAUAUACCGAAAACGGAACUGGAAAAAUAUGAGAAAAUUGACUUGGAACAACCGAUAAAACUUAAAAAGAAAAAGAAACCUGAGAAGAAAGACGUUACUUUAACGGUAGAAGAACCUGUAAAAGAACAAGAUGAACCAUUACAAGUUCAAGUUGCAGAUUUCGAAAGCGUCACGCCAAAGAAACAGAGAAGGAAGCCUGCUAAAGAUGUAAAGGUUAAGGAAGAGGAUAUCGAAGUGGAUCAACCUGAGCAAGAGAUUGAAGUUACAAGUAUUGACGUAAAGGAUACGGAAAAGCCUAAGAAGUACAAAAAACUGUCGGUAUUAGUUGCGGAAAGUUCACCACAAGAAGUAUUAGGCGAAGAAUAUAAAGUAGAAAUUAUUGAAGACACCGUUGAAACACAAACCUCGACAGACAAAAAUGGUGAAAUCAUAGAAAAAACUGUGAAAAAGAAAAAGAUUAAACAUACAAAGGGACCUGAAGAAAUCGUUACGGAUAUCAUUGAAACUCAUGAAAAAGACAAUGAAGAGGCCGAAAUUACUGUCAUUGUCACAACUCCAAACAAGGACAUUGAUACGCCUCAAGAAGUGCAAAUUAAACAAAAGAAAACUAAAAAACUAAAAACUAAAGACGUUCCUGAGUAUAUUGCCAAGAUUAUUGAAGAAAUGCCUGCUGAAGUUUUUAAGGAAUACAAACCACAAGAAAUUGCGGAAACUCCAAGAAAACCAGAGAAAAAGUUAAAACACAAGGUUAAAGAAAGUGACGAAGAUAAGGUUGAAGAAAAAGAGAUAAUUCAUGAAUUCACUACGAUGGUUGUGGAAGAUCAAACGGAGCCUGACGUGGAUGCUUUUGAAACAAAAAUAAUUGAAAAUGAUUCUAAGCCAAAAAAGAAAAAAUCCACAAAAUUAAAAAUACAAGUGGCGGAAGAUGAGAAACCUGAAAGUAUAGAUAUAACAGAAGUACCUGUUAAGGAAAUUGAACCACAAGAUGCCAGCAAUGAGGAACAACCUUCGGAAGCAAUACGCAUCAUAGAAGAUGAAAAGAAACCUUCUUCUGAAGAAUAUGAACACGAAGUAACAACAGUCGUAAAAGAUUCUAAGCCAAAGAAAAAGAAGCCAAUUAAACAAAAAGUGAAAGGCACUGAUGAGGAUAAGCCUGAAGAAAUACCUUUUGACACGGUUGCAGUCCAAGAAACAGACAUCUUAGAUGUGAAAGAGAAGGUUCCGUCUGAAGAAAUAAAGAUUGCUGAAGACCAACCAACCUCAGAAACUGAAGGCUUCGAAAUCUUAGUAAUUGAAGAGGAAACAAAACCAAAGAAAAAGAAACCAACUAAACAAAAAGUGAAAGUCGUUGAUGAGGAUAAGCCCAAAGAGAAGGUUCCGUCUGAAGAAAUAAAGAUUGCUGAAGACCAACCAACCUCAGAAACUGAAGGCUUCGAAAUCUCAGUAACGGAAGAGGAAACAAAACCAAAGAAAAAGAAGCCAACUAAACAAAAAGUGAAAGUCGUUGAUGAGGAUAAGCCCGAAGAAAUACCUUUUGACACGGUUGCAGUUCCAGAAACGGACAUCGUAGAUGUGAAAGAGAAGGUCCCGUCAGAAGAAAUAAAGAUUGCUGAAGACCAACCUACCUCAGAAACUGAAGAUUUCGAAAUCUCAGUAACGGAAGAGGAAACAAAACCAAAGAAAAAGAAGCCAACUAAACAAAAGGUGAAAGUCGUUGAUGAGAAUAAACCCGAAGAAAUACCUUCUGACACGGUUGCAGUCCAAGAAACAGACAUCUUAGAUGUGAAAGAGAAGGUUCCGUCUGAAGAAAUAAAGAUUGCCGAAGAUCAACCAAGGUCUAAGACUGAAGGCUUCGAAAUCUCAGUAACGGAAGAGGAAACAAAACCAAAGAAAAAGAAGCCAACUAAACAAAAGGUGAAAGUCGUUGAUGAGAAUAAACCCGAAGAAAUACCUUCUGACACGGUUACAGUCCAAGAAACAGACAUCUUAGAUGUGAAAGAGAAGGUUCCGUCUGAAGAAAUAAAGAUUGCCGAAGAUCAACCAAGGUCUGAGACUGAAGGCUUCGAAAUCACAGUAACUGAAGAAGAAACAAAACCAAAGAAAAAGAAGCCAACCAAAGAAAAAAAUAAACUUGUCGAAGAAGAUAAGGCUGAGGACUUACCUGUUGAAUUAAUCCCUGAGCAGGUGCAAGUAGAAGAAAUUGAAACUAAAACCGAAGUUAAGGAAGUUAAAGACGACAAAGGUGAAAUUAAAAAACAAAUGGUAACAAAACGCAAAUUAAAACGUCAACAAGGGCCCGACGAGGAUGUUAUCGAAAUAAUAGAAGUCCAGACCGAAGGACAGCCGGAAGCGGAAGUUACCAUUAUAGAAACUCAAAAAGAAACAGAAGAAGACAGUGUUAAGCCAAAAGUGCAGAAAAAGAAAGUAAAGAAAGUUAAGAAGGACGACUUACACGACUAUAUCCAGAAAUUGAUCGAUGAAGAAAUACCUAAAACGGAGCUAGAAAAGUAUGAAAAAAUCGAAAUUGAAUCUACACCAAAAAUUAAAAAAGAAACCGAUGAAAAUUUCGCCGCCACAGUCAAAGAUGAAACACCCAAAGCAUAUGAGAAGCAAGAGUCAAAGAAAAAGAUUAAACCUAAGAAACCGCAAGAAAGCUUGGAAGAACAUCCGCAAGCCGCAGUGCGCAUUAUAGAAGACGCAACGGAAGACAAUGAGCCAACCUUGCCAAUUAAAAUAAUCGAAAUACAGCCAUUUGAAGAACCAGUUAUUAUAACUGAAGAAACGCCGGCUGAGGUAAAAGUUGAGGAGAUGAUUGAUCAACGAGGAGAACCAACCCAGAAAGUAACCACUAAACGAGUACUUAAAAAGAAAGAAAAAGGCAAAAAGGACAGCACUGUAAACAUUAUUACUAUUCAAGAUGAUUCAAGUCCUGAGGCUGUUGUUAUAAUUAGUGAAGAGCCAGAAUCGGUACCGGUUACGAAUGAAGAACAACCAGAACAACCUGUACAAAUUGAAGAACAAAAAUCAAAGAAACCUAAAAAGAUUAUCAAGAAAAUUAAAAAGGAUGAUCUAGAUGAAUAUGUGCAGAAAUUAAUCGAAGAAGAAAUACCGAAAGUAGAACUUGAACAGUACGAAAAGUUAGAUGAGCCAAUAAUUAAGAAACCGAAACAAAAGAAAGAAAGUACUAAACCACAAGACGCCGAAGCAUUGGAAAUAACUAAAACAUCGGAGGAUAGUGAGAAACCAGAAAAACUCAAAAAACCAAAGAAACCUAUAGAAAAACCAAUACCUUCUGAGACCACACAAAUCGAAGAAACACCCCUUACAGACACAAAAGACGAUGUAGUUACCAUAGUCGAAGAAACUACUAAACCCAAAACACGAAAACAACCACAAACACAAUUAGAGGACACUGAACAGAGUACACCAAUAGAUCAUGAGGACAAACCAACAACAACAACCAUAACAUCGGAUACAACUGAUACAAAACAAAAAACAAAUAAACAUAAGCCAAAAGAUCAAAAAAUCACUGAUGAUACAAGAGAAGAAACAGUGGUGCACGAGGAUUAUGAGAUCAGUAUUGUAGAAGAACAGCCUACGGAAAAAGACAAGCCUCAACAAGAAGAGCGACCAUUACAGGUUAAGAUUAUUGAAGAGAUGCCUGAAGUACAAGACUCCCAUCCCAUUGAGCUAUUAGAAGAGGAUCAACCAGAGGAGGAGGGAACAGAUGCACCAACGGUUGGUGAACAGGAAAAACCUAAAAAGAAGAAAAAGAUUGUAAAGAAGAAAAUAGAUGAGCACGAUGUCAUCAUACAAAAAUUACUUGAACAGGAAAUUGAGAAGGCCGAACUUGAAAAAUACGAAAAAUUCGAAUUUGAGAAACCACAAAAGGUUAAGCCGGAAUUCGCUAAAAUUGAGCCGCAAAAAAUAGUACGCAAGAAGCAAGAACCGACGCAACUCGUUGUAGUUGAUGCAGGAGAAGUGCCGCAAUCCAUUAAGUUGAAACCAACUAAACGUAAGCCCAAGGUUGUCGAAGAACAAACUGUCCAAAUAUCUAAGGUUCAGCUUAAGAGCCGCAUGCAAGUUAUUGAAUAUCCCCCCGAAGUUUUAAUGCCGAAAAUAACAGAAAUUGGUUCUGUUCGGGAGACUGGCGAGCUUUCACGCAAUAUUGAAGAAGCUGAAGAAGUGCUCAAAUUCAAACCACGUAGGGUUAAGAAGUUGAAGAAAACAAUAAAUGAUUUGGAAAAACCCCAAUUGGAGAAAUAUGAAAAGUAUGUUAGCAGCGAAGAGGAAAUCGAGGAACCAACACCUUAUCAGAAACCUGAAAAGACACCAAAACUGGAAGAAAAGCCGGAGGAAGUUAAACUCAAGAUUGGUAAAGGUAAGAAGAAACCCAUCACCGAGGAACAGCCUGAAAAAGUAACUUUGAAAAAGACACCAGAAAAACCAAAGCAAGUUGAAGAUAUUGAAGAAAUAGUGCCCAAAAAGAAGGAAACGGCUGAAGUUAAGAUUAUUGAAGAAAGUCCAGAACAGCCGGCACAUGUAUUACAACCGUUUGAGCCCACUGACUUCGAACAUCCAGAGUACGAAAAGGAGGAAUUGCAACCUAUUGAACUACCUGAGGAACCUAAGCCUGAAAAGAAGGAAUCGAAACAGAAGCACAAACCUAAGCAAAAACCAAAACCCGAGCCAGAAGUGAAUGUGACUCAAAUUGUUCCUGGCAUACCAAAGGAGCAAGAAGAAAUACCUCAAGAAGAUAUGAAAUUCCGCAUUCCAGAGAGCAGCGCACCUGAAGAAUCGACAGAGGAAGUCAAAUUGAAGCCAAUUAAGAAAGUAAAAGAAGUAUCAGCUCCUGUUGAAGAAACUAAGAUUAUGCCUAAGGAGAAAGAAUCUGAAAAGAUUCCAAUUCCCGACACAGAGGAGCAAACAGAAAAGAAAAAGAAACCGAAAGCGAAGAAAACUCCACAAAAUGAAGUAGAAGCUGUGGAAGAAAUACCAGAAGAACAAUUUGAGAUUUCUAUUACCGAAGAGCAACCAACUAUACCAGAACAGCCCGCUGAAGAGAAGCCUUCUGAAGUAAAGUUGAAGAAGAAGAAAACCAAAGAUAUGCCUUCGGCCGAAAUUCAAGUAGUUGAAGAAAUUCCUAAAGAAGAAAUAAUAGAAGAAACUCCAAUUGAGUACAAAAUUACAACAACUGUAAUUGAACCCGAGGAAGCACCAGAAGAACUAAAAGUUCGUGUCAUUGAUUUCGAUCAGAAGGAAGUUACUGUCGAAGAAGUGGUGGAAGAACGAGUGGUUACGCGCAAAAAGAAACCCAAGCCCCAAAUGCCAGAAGAGUAUGAAUACGUUAUUACAGAGCCCGAACCGACAGAGAUACCAACAGAAGUGACAGAGGAUAUUCCAACUCAACCAGAGCAGCGCAAAGAAAGUUUGCCCGAGGAAACGGUGAUGGAUGUGCAAGAAAUAGAGACUACACCAGAAGAACAAGUCGCCAAAGUCAGCGUAAAGAAGAAGUCAACGAAAAAGCCAAAGGAAGAAACUGAAACUAAGGAUAUUCCUAUUAUUGAGGAGAUCAAAGAAGAAGUCCCGGAGGAAAAAGUUACUGAAAAUACCAUCACUGAACAGGUCAUCAAAAAGGUGAAACCAAAGAGUUAUAAAUUUAAGCUAACAGAAAUGAAAGCUGAAGAAGUGCCCGAACAGCCAACUGAAGAAAUUCCAGAAAAACCGGAAGAGCCACAGCAAAUAGUGGAAGAAAUUGUCCCAGAUUUUCCAACUUAUGAAAUCACCACUACGGAUAUUGAAGCCGAAGUUACGAAACAAAUAGAAGAAAUCGUUGAAGCUGAAGUCAAAGAGAAAAAGCCUAAAAAGGUGAAAGUUCACGAAGCUCCUAAAGAAUAUGAAGUAGGGGUAAUAGAAGAAGUAAUCCCCGAAACUGUUGAAGAGGAGGAGCAACCUGAUGGAGCUAUUUUCUCAAUAAAAAAGAAACCAAAGAAGCAGGUCCCUGAAGAGUUUGAGGCUUCAGUGGUGUUGACCGAACCAAAACCUGUGGAAGAAGUAGAAGCGCAAGUUGAGAUAAAGAAAAAGCCGAAAAAACCGAAAACAACGGAAGACGUUUCUACUUUCCAUGAAAUCAAGGUAGUUGAAAUGGAAAUUCCGAAGGAAGAAAUUGAAGAACAGUUGAUACAGGAAGAAACAGUCAUCACAAAAGCACCUGCCAUUGAAGAAGUGCCCAUGGAAUACAAAUUUGGAAUUGUCGAAUCACAAGACGAUGAAGAAGUUCCCUCGGCAGAAUUUACAGUUAAAGAAGAAGAAAAUGUUAAGCAACCAAUUCAAGAGCCUGAAGCCGAAUAUGUUAUCAAGGAAAGUAAGCCAACAGAAGAGGUGGUAGAGGAAGCUAAGAUCAAAACUAAAAAAUCCAAAAAGAAGCCAACGGAGACAGAAGCAGUUGAAUUGAAAGUAAAAGUUACAGAAGAAGUUCCAGAAAAACCCACGCAAGUGGAAGAAGUGAUUGAGGAGAUUGUUACUGUACCCGAAGAAGUUGUGACUGAGGAAAAACUCAAAGAGUAUGUCAUUGGAGUUAAGGAGUCAAUACCAGAAAAAGCUGAGACAUUGACUGACGAGAAAACUGAAAUUCCUCAAGAAGAAGAGCUGCAUGAAGAAGCACCAGUUCAAGAUGUGAAAAUUAUAACUACAAUACCGAAGGAAGAAUUUAUUGAGGAAGUAUCUGUGGUUAAGAAGAAGGUAAAGAAGCCCAAGGAAACCAAAGAGGAGCACAAGGUGGAUGUAGUUGCAGAAAUUCCAAAAUCUGAAGAAGAGAGCACCCAACCUGCUCCAACUGUGAACAAAGUGGAAGAAAAACCAAAGGAAUAUGAGAUUCAAAUGAAAGAAACUAUGGCGGAAGUACAACAAGAGGAGGCACCUGAAGAGCAAAUAACUCUACCUAGGAAGAAAAAACCAGCACCACAAGUAACGGAUGAGCCAGAACAAGAGGUAAAACUUACAACAACUAAGCCUGUUGAGGAAGUUGAAGAGGAAGUUAAGAUUAAAAAGAAACCCAAAAAGAAACCGGUAGAGGAUGAGGCCGCUGCUGAGUUAAAGGUUACCGUUGUUGAAGAAGUUAACGUUGCUCCCGAAAUAGAAGAGAAAGUGGAGGUAGUGGAAGAAAUAAAACCUAUACCCGAAAUUAUUAAAAAAGAAAAGCCUAAAGAGUACAAGUUCGAGGUAACAGAAAGCGAAGCUGUAAAGCCUCAAGAGGAAGUUGCCGUAGAAGAGGUUAGUCUUCCUCAAAAGAAUAAGCAAAUUCCUCAAGUUGAGGAAGAACCAGAAGUAAAAAUUAAGUUGACUAAACAAGAGCCAGUUAAAGAGGUUCAAGAAGAGGUUAAGAUCAAAAAGAAAUCCAAACGGAGACCGGAGGAAGGGGCUGAAGCUGAACUUAAAGUUAAUAUUAUUGAAGAAAUACCUGCUGUUCCAGAAGUAGAAGAGAUAAUAGUAGAGGAAGAAGAAGUCAAACCCAUACCUCAAGAAAUCAAGGAAGAAACGCCAAAGGAAUAUGAAAUCAAGGUUAAAGAUAGUGAAAUUGAAAAAACCGAAGAAGAGAUUGUUGAGGAACAGGUCAGUUUACCAACGAAGAAAAAACGAGUACCACAAGUCACAGAAGAACCAGAGGAAGAGGUAAAAUUGCAGCCUGGGAAACCAACUGAAGAGGUCCAAGAAGAAAUAAAGAUUAAAAAGAAACCAAAGAAGGAACCUAAAGUUGAUGAAGCUGAAGCAUCACUUAAGGUAACUGUUCUGGAAGAGACGCCGGCGGUUCCCGAAGUUGUUGAAGAAAUUGAAAAAUUGGAAGAAAUUAAGCCAACUCCUAAAGAAGAAAAGCCAAAGGAAUACGAGUUUAAGGUAACUGAAAGUGAAACUGAAAAGCCAGAAGAAGAGGUCACAGAAGAACAAGUCACUCUUCCAAAGAAAAAGAGGCCAACCCCACAAGUCACAGAUGAACCAGAAGAAGAAGUUAAUUUGACAACAAAGAAACCAGUUGAGGAAGUGCAGGAAGAAAUUAAAAUAAAGAAAAAACCCAAAAAGGACCAAAAGCCUGAAGAAGCUGCUGCUGAACUAAAGGUAACUAUUCAGGAAGAGGUACCCCAAGAGCAACAAAUAGAAGAGGUAGAAGAGAUAGAAGAGGUGAUGGUACCUAAACAGGAACAACCUGUAGAAAAGCCGAAACAAUACGAAUUUAAAAUAAAGGAAACGGAACCGCAAGCUGAGCAAGUGUUCGAAGAGGAAGUACCUUUGCCACAGAAGAAGGCUAUUAAACCAGAAACAGUAGAAGAACCCGAAAUGGAAGUAACUUUGAAACCUAAAAAGGAAGUCGAAGAAGUAAAAGAAGAACUCAAAAUUGUUAAAAAGAAGCAGAAGAAACUUCAGCCGGAAGAAGCUACAGAGCUUACCGUAAAAGUUGAGGAAGAAGUGGUACCCGAACCUGUUGUCGAAGAAAUUGAAGAAAUCGAAGAAGUUUUUGUGCCUAAAAAAUCAAAAGAAGCUCAGGAAGAAAUUCCAGAAGAUAUGCAUGUUGAUGUUGUACUCAAACCCAAGAAACCAAAGCAAGUUGAAGCAGAGGAGUUCGCGGUCGACGUUAAGCUUCCUAAGCAAAAAGAAACGACUCAGGAAACUACCGAUGAAACUGUUGCACUGAAGAAGAAAAAGAAAUCGAAGCCAGUUGUCGAAGAAGCGGCAGAUGAACUGAAACUCACGAAAGAAGUGGUCGAAGAACGGCCAGUUGAAAUAGAAGAGGAAGAAAUUGUUGAAGAAGCUAUUGUCAUGCGCAGAAAACCGAAGAAGGCAUUCGAACCUUCUAUAGAAGAACAUGGAGAGCAAGAAUUCAGUUUGUCUUUGAAAAAACCUAAGAAAAUUAACGAAGGUGUUGCAGAAGAAGCAACUGUUUUGAGAAAGCGGCCUUCAAGACCAACGGUAUUUGACGAAGCGGGAGCAGAACUUUCAAUCAAACGACAAGAAGAAUACGAAGAAGGGGAAGACAUAGAAGAGUUUGUCGUAGAAAGAGCACAAAAACCACAACCUUUGCAAGUAACAGACGAACAGGACCAGGAAUAUACUGUCAAGAAACUGAAACGUCGAAGGAAGGGAGUAGAAAUUCCUGAAUAUACCGAUGUAGAAAAUGUGACAUUCCGGCCAAAAACGAUUAAAACCAAAGAGGAUGUGGAUCAAGAAUUCAAUAUCGCUUUGGAUUCAUAUGCCGAAGAGGAAAUUUCAAUGUCCGGCAAAGUCAAAUUGAAGAAACCCAUAACUAAGACAUACUCUGAAGCGGCUGAUGAAACUAAUAUCAAAAUUUUCCAAGACUAUGAUGAUGGUGAAGGACCGGUCAUCGAGGAGAUACGCGAUGACAGUAGCAUUGAAGACACAAUGUACGAUGUGGAAGAGCCAGAAGAGUAUCAAGUCGAAGAGUUGCCACCAGAUGAUUUUGAUUUUACAAUAAAGCCCAAAAAUGUGGCUAAGCCCAGAUAUUCGAUACAAGAUGAAGAAGAGGAACAAUUCUUGAUUGGAUUGCGAAGACCAAAGAGCGAUUCGGUAACGUACGAUGAAGACUCACUCACGUUUAAAAAGAAGCGGAAGGUGAUCCAACAGAUUUUCAACGAAGAGGGUGCAUCUCUUAAUAUAACCCGUGAAAUGAAUAUUGAAGAAACCGAGGAUGAGAACGCAAUGUAUUCCAUUUGCAACUACAUCGCUGACAAUGAUGAGGCCAUCAACUUGGUGGAAGGUGAGAAGGUGUACGUGAUUGGUCGUCACAGCUCUGAAUGGUGGUAUGUGAAAAAGAAUAUAACGGAAGAGGAAGGCUGGGUGCCGGCGCAAUAUCUUAUGGAGCCAACCGAAUACACACACUACGUUCAAAAGAAAUUACAUGAGAAAAUUGACAAACUUCCAGUAUUUGAACGUCCCGGUCCUGAAGAAAAACCAAUGGCACCACGUUUUAUUGAAAAACUGCAACCAAUUCAUACGCCUGAUGGUUACACCGUGCAAUUUGAAUGCAAAGUUGAGGGUAUACCACGCCCACAAGUAGCUUGGUUCCGCGAGACUGCCAUUAUAAAGCCUUCUCAAGACUUCCAAAUGUAUUAUGAUGAUGAUAAUGUGGCGACAUUGAUCAUACGUGAAGUGUUCCCAGAGGAUGCGGGUAAAUUUACCUGUGUCGCUAAAAAUGCUGCCGGCUUCACGUCAACUACAACGGAAUUGGUUGUUGAGACGCCGCUAUCAGAUCAUGGUUCCGACGCUACAGGUUUGUCACGCAAGAGUAUGUCGCGCGAGUCCUCACUAGCCGACAUACUCGAAGGCAUACCACCUACAUUCUCACGCAAACCCAAAGCACAAUAUGUUGAUGAAAACACGAACGUGAUAUUAGAGUGCCGUUUAGUCGCUGUGCCAGAGCCUGACAUAAUUUGGACCUUUAAUGGCGAGGAAAUUGAUGUUAAAGAAACGAAAAAUAUACGCGUCGUUACAGAAUCUGAUAUGCAUAUGUACUGCAGUGUUGUGCACAUCACAAAGGUGAAGAAAUCGCAAGAAGGUACCUACGAAGUGAUCGCCACAAAUCGAGAAGGUGAAUCUCGUUUACCAAUUGUGUUAAAGGUACGUACAGAUGAAAAGGAACCUCCACAGAUUCUUGAACCACUGCGGAAUACCGUUGUGCGCGAAGGCGAAAGCGUGGUAUUGACGACACAAAUCGUUGGCAAUCCACGACCAAAGGUAACGUGGUACAAGGAUGGCAAACCGAUCACAAAUAAUACAAAAUCAGACAAAGAUACACACACAUUAACAUUGAUCUCACCAAAGACUGCGGAAGGCGGUGAAUAUACUGUAAAAGCAGAGAACCCAUUGGGAAGCGUGGAAACAACGGCUAACUUGACCGUUGAAGAACCAUCUAGUGGCAAUGCUGAACCACCGCUGUUCAUCGAGCGUUUCGAGGAACAGUCCGUACCGCAGAAAGGCACUAUCCGUUUGCCAGCUAAGGUUACUGGAAAUCCAGUGCCCGAAGUCCAAUGGCUUUUCAACAACAAUCCACUCUAUCCAUCGGAACGCAUACAACAAAUAUACGAUGGAGAAAAUAUUGAGCUUAUUAUCAAGGACGCCAACCCCGACACAGAUUCCGGUGAUUACAAGUGUAUUGCCAGCAAUCCGAUCGGAAAAACAUCACACGGUGCGCGCGUCAUUGUCGAGGUUGAUGAAGUUACAUUUACUAAGAAAUUAAAGAAAACUAUCACCAUUGAAGAAAUCCAAUCACUCACCUUAGAAUGUGAAACCUCGCAUGUGGUUACAACUAAAUGGUUCUUCAAUGGCAAAGAACUCAGCGGCAUGGAUCAUCGCGUAGUGGUCCAAGAUGGUAAAAUACACAAACUGGUUAUACGCAAUACAAAUCUGCGUGAUAGCGGCACUUAUACCUGUAAAGUUAAGAAUAAGGAGACUGAAUCCACGGUGGAAGUUCUACCCCGUAAACCCGAAUUUAUUAAGAUAUUAGAAGAUUAUGAAGUAACCGAAAAAGAUACCGCCAUUUUAGAUGUUGAAGUCUCAACGGAUAAUGCUGAAGUUGUAUGGUACAAGGAUGGUGAAAAAAUAACACCCGAAAAGAAGAAUAUCGAGCUCAUUAAAGAGGGUAGGGUGCGAAAGAUCAUAAUACAUGAAAGUACCGUAUACGAUGAGGGUGAAUACAUGUGUAAAUUGGAUGAACAGGAAUGCACUGGCGAGCUUACAGUGAUUGAAUUACCGCCAGAAAUUGUGAAACCGCUAGAGAACGUCACAGUGACUAAAGGCGAGAAUGCUGUUUUCGAUAUUGAACUGAGUAAAGGCGACGCUUUAGUCAAGUGGUUCAAGGAUGGCAAAGAGCUUCCACUAAACGAGCAUGUACAACUCACGAUCGAUGGCAAGAAACAAACGCUGCGAAUUGUGGAGGCACAGCCUUCAGACGUUGGUCAAUACUCCAUUGAGGUUGGUCCGCAAACAUCAAAGGCACAAUUGACUGUUGAAGAACCGUUAGUGAACUUUGUGGUGCCACUACCUGAUGUAACCAUCGCCACAAAGGGCACAGAUGCCGAAUUUACUGUUGAGUUGUCACAGCCAGAUGUUGAGGUCACUUGGUAUAAGAAAGCGAAACCAAUUAAGCCCAAUAAAAAACAUGAAGUGUUUGUCGAGGGUACCGUUAGACGUUUUGUUAUACACGAUGCAGACGAUGAAGACACUGGUGAUAUCAGUUGCACUGCGGCCAAUGCGACAACGACGAGUAAAUUGUGUGUUGAGGAAAUCAAGACCUUACCCAUUAUAACUAGUGACAAAGAUCAGACUAUUAAGGUGAAGGAGAAUGAUGAUGUAACCAUGACAGUGAAGUUCACAGGCUCGCCCAAACCAGAUGCCGAAUGGAAUACAACAAAGCAUGUUAUAAUCAAGAACAAGCAUUUAAUACCCACACUAGAUGAACAGUCUGCAUCGCUCACCAUAAAGAAGGUUGUGGAUGACGAUGAAGGUAUAUACACAUUAAGACUGAAGAAUCCAGUAGGAGAAGUGGAAGCCACUCUCAACUUGAUAAUAAUGAGAAAACCUACGGCACCUGGUACACCAGAGCCAUUAGAAGUCACACAUGAUUCGAUUACACUGUUCUGGAAGGCCCCCGAAGAUGAUGGUAAAUGUGAAAUCACUGAAUAUGUGCUUGAAUAUCAAGAUGUGAAAGAGGAAAGAUGGAUUGAGAUACGAAAAAUUAAAGGCACAACAUUUACUGUGAGCAAACUGAAAAUCGAUACGGAAUAUGUAUUCCGUGCCAUCGCUGUAAAUGAUGUUGGUCCAUCGCCACCUUCACCCCUCUCACCACCCAUUCGCCUUGUUGCCGAAGUAAAGAAAGAAAAACCAACCGUACAAGAACCACUGCAGGACAUCGUGACAGAAUUGAACAAAGAGAUCACAUUAUCUUGUGUAUUCGGUGGAAUACCUGAGCCAAAGGUAACAUGGAAGAAAAAUGGAAAGGUUAUCACGUCGAAGAGUACACGAUAUGAAAAUCGUGUAUCCAAGUACACUAUUGAGAAGACAACAAUUGAGACUGAAGCGACGUACACAUGCGUAGCUGAAAAUGAAAUGGGCAGCGUUGAGACCUCGUGUAGAGUUAUUCUGCAAGAAAAACCAACCAUUGAUAUCGAUGAAAAGUAUCUGGCACAAAAAAUACGUGCAGGCAAUAGUUUGAACAUUCCGGCCACUGUUCGUGGUUAUCCACAACCGAAAAUUACAUGGUACAGGGAAACCACCGAGCAAACGACCACAACGGAACGUGUGACAAUCGAAACCACAGAGACCACCUCGACCUACACACUGGAAAAGGUGACACGUGAAGAUUCGGGACGUUACAAGAUCACAGCUACCAAUAUAUCUGGCACGGCUACAACUGAGUGUACGAUACAAGUUAUUGACAAACCAAGUCGACCGCAAUCGUUGGAAAUUAAAGAAAUGAAGAAAGACGCCAUUACACUUGAAUGGACGCCACCAAUAGAUGAUGGUGGUUUGGAGUUGAAUAAGUAUGUUUUGGAGAAAUGUGAUCUACAAAAUAAUCUAUGGAUGAGGGUAGCUGACUUGGAAAAAGACAUACACUCCUAUGCAAUACAAAAACUUUCCAUGAACUCGCAGUACAUGUUCAGAGUGGUAGCAGCGAAUCCUGUUGGUGAAUCUGAACCAACUGAGAGUCAGACAGUGACGAUCAGUAAAAAAUUCGACAAACCAUCCCCACCGCGCAGUCCAACGGAAGUUUUCGGUAUGACAGACACGGCAUUUACACUUUCAUGGGAACCAUCGGAAAGCGAUGGAGGCUCAAAGAUUACCGAAUAUAUUGUUGAAAUCAAAGAAUUCCAUGAAACUGAAUACCGUUUGCUUGGUAGCACGAGCGGCAAUGUUACAAAUAUACUGGUUAGUGAUGUUGUAAAGGAUCGGGCUUAUCAAUUCAAAAUAUAUGCAAAGAAUGAAGUUGGCAUUAGUGAAGCACUUGAGACUCUAGACAAAAUUGUUGUAAGCAGAAAGAUAACUCCUCCAUCACCACCACAAAACUUGCGCAUCCCGGAUGUGACGAAUCGUAGUGUAACUCUUGACUGGGAAGUUCCAGCGAGCAAUGGAGGUUCUGAGAUAACUGGCUACUGCAUUGAAAAACGUUCAGCAACAUCGACCAAAUGGACAAAGGUAAUCACAUUGGAUGCACACUGUCGCCAAUACACGGUGGAUAACUUGAAGGAAAAAUGUGAAUACUGGUUUAGGGUAUCAGCUGAAAAUGCGGUUGGAUUAGGUGCACCAGCCGCAACAGAGAGCGUAUCCCUAAAGACGCACGCAACUGUUCCUUCGCCGCCCACUGCGCCAUUGGAGGCUCGAGUACUCGCCGCCAAUGCUCACAUAUUUGAAUGGGGUUUGCCCGAGUCAGAUGGAGGUGCGCCUCUGCUCGGCUAUCACAUUGCAAUACGAGACAUGAAGAAGGCGAUGUGGAUCGAAGUGGGUCGUGUACCGGCCGGUGUGCUAAGAUUCCAGAUAAGAGACUUACAAGAGAAUCAUGAAUAUAUGAUACGCAUAUUUGCCAAAAAUGAAAUUGGUCUUAGUGAGCCACUCGAAUCGGAAGAACCAUAUGUAGCAAUGACAGCAGGACAUUUGAGUUUACCAGAUGAGCCACGUACGGAAAUGAGUUCAUGCAACACAUCAUCCUGGUUGCGUGAUCACAACAUGGACGCGGAUAUUCAUUCGUAUGCUCGUGGUAAACUGCUACGUCGAGACGAAUACUUCUUCCGCAUUUGGGCAAAAUUGCCAAAGAGCAAAAAGAAGAAAUCUUCAAAAUAAGAAAACCAAACCAAAAAAAAAAAAACAAAAAUUAAAAA